GAGGAGCUUGGGAUCGGACAGGCGGGGCCCAACCCAGACGAGCUGUCAGGGAAGAGUUACUGUAGGGCGGGUUGCGAUGGAGAUGGGAGCCAGUCAGGCAGUGUUCGAGCCGGAGCACGUGGCAAGGAAGAGAGAACAGCCAGCCAGCAACAGCACUGUGUUAGUGGAUGGGAGGGAGGGAAGGAAGGAGUGCUAGGGGAAGAACAAGGAGGCAGAAAAAGCCCAGACCUUGUGUUUCUAAAGCCCAGCUCAUACAUUGCUAAUGCCCGGAGUAAUAUGGGUCUCAUUCAUAAUGGAUAAACCCUUGGCCCCCGCUUGCAAAGUAUAUCAUGCGCACUGUAACGAGGUUAAAGAUUGGGCUGUGUUUGCCGGGAAUGCUGUGACCUCUGCUGGCCCAGGCAUUAGUGUGGGUUGUGGCUGGGAAAAUAAGAGGGAGGGAAGUGAUACUGCAUCAUAUUAGUAGUACGGAGACUAGGAGUUUGAAGAAUGUGACACCUCCACCCAUGUCUUAUCCAGAAUGUCAUGGGGCUCGACCAGAGGUGCCAUUCUCCAAGCCUCGUGCCAGUCUUGCUUUCAGCUUGGUUCGUCUUGCAACCAUCAGCCCACGGUCAAUUGGCAGUAAUUUAGCACUUGCGGAUAUGGUCCGAGCCCUAGGGUAAAUUUGCCUGAAGUUAUUUUCAAUUAGUUGAAAAUGAAUACUCAUUAUUCGUAUGGAUGGAUAAAUGCAGUCCCUUUCAUUUGAUAUAGCCCUGAUCAGAGCACCAUGCAGAGGGCUGAUGUGGUAUCGUGUGGCAGAGUUGAGCCUAAACUACAGUACUGUACUGUGUGGUUCCUGAUGGACCAUUGUGACUAGCCUACUUCACCUAUUAUGAUAUUAAUAACUCAUUAGGGGAAAGAUACCACGACAAUAAUGCUCUGGAAAACGACACAAUGAUCAGUUCAUAGAAUGAUAAGGGUUCGCUCAAUCCACUAUAAGCCCUCAAAGUUUCUUGACCACUUUGGGAUCCAAUGUGGUCCGAGUGGACACAGGUAGGCAGCUGGGGCUUAGCGUAGAGGUAGCAGGACUGGUAUUAAGGUAGAGCACUGGUGACACACAUCUCCUUUCCUUCCCUCUCUCUGGGACUGUGUGCAUAAAUCAACACUCCUAUUUGGCCCCAUUACUGAGCACUUCUGCUCCUCCUCCUCCCACCACCACCAACACCUCCCACCUCCCUCCUCCUCUCGGCAGCCUAAACAAUGCAUGAGCCUCUCAAAGGGCAAAAUGCUGUACCACUUAGCAAAUUAAUCUUUUAUAGUGUGUUAAACUAUGCAGAACCUGGCUGUUGACUGGCCACCUGACGAGGCGUCCUCGUAAGAGGCACGAGGACGCCUCAAUAGGGAUGGCCCUCCUGUCCAUCACAGGGCUCCAGUGAGUUCAGGGGUCGUUCUCAAGUCUUCUGUUUAUAACACACCUGUUUAUAACUCCUUUUUAUAUAGAUUGCGCUUGACAAUUUCCUUGUGAUAAAGGAGAGUGGUUUGGCAUCUGGACUGUGAUAAUUCUAUCAUGUUUAUCAUUAUCAAAUUGAACUCGUUGUCAGAUUACAUGGCUGGUUCCAAAUGGGGGGGCCAAGACUGUAAACGGUCUUGUGUACCAAUAAAAGCGCCAGCGAAGUUAAGAGAAUAAUGUCUUCUCACAGAGCUGUGGCUCUGAAUUCAUUUACGCCCACAGCUCUGCCUGUGCCUGUCCGUGUACUGUAGUCCCAUAACUCUGAAGCAAUCAUCCUGAAGCCCUUUAAUGCACCAUGUUUCAGUGAGGGAUCAGUGAGCAUCCUCCCUAGGUCAAUGGUCUUUGGCUUAAUGAUCUUUCGUACCAUGGUUUUCACUGUCAACUGUCUGUUCGCAGGCAGGAGAAACAAGGUAUGAUCUCCCUUUUUCUCUCUCCCAUUCUACCUCCCUUUCUCUCUGUGUCUCCCGUUCCUCCCUUGAGUUGUGUCAGACCCUGGUCAUGUGAGUGGAAUACACUUAUACUUAACCUUUUUUGCAAUUUACCUACAUACAGUAUCUUACCUCGUUGGCUUCUAUUUCCUACCUUCAUCGCAUCUUCCCUCCUUCUUUCUCUCUCUCUGUCUCCCCCCCCCCCCCCUCUCUUUCCCUUUUCUCUCUCCACCCGUUCCUCUCUCUCUCUCUCUCAUUUUGACUGGGCAUUGUCUGCUGGUCGAUAUUUGGGGCUGAAUUAGCUGAAAGGGGAAAAGAGGCCUGUAAAGUGAGGAGACAGCCUUUUGGAGGGCAGCCAGCCUAUCUCCCUGGCUUGUUUGUGCUUCAGGAAUGAUUCCCAAUACCAGAUGACCUGCAGGAACGUCAGCAUGUGUCUGCCCUGAGGGAUGGCAAUGGAUCCACCAAUCUCUAAUUAUCAGCCUGCAGCCCCACUGCAUUAUUAUGAUUUAGAUUUUUUUUUAAACGAUUUAAUAUUGUAAUAUUAUUCAAAUCUUAAUUGGUUGGGUGAAUUGCAACCCGUUCCAUCUUCUGUAUCAUAUAGUGCUAAAAAAUAAAUAGGUUGGGGAAUUUUUCUUUGUGUUGUAGACUUAAAGUAAGACUGAGGUAAGAUGUUCAGGUCAGUCUCUGGAAGGCUGGGUCCAGUGUGUGUCAGCCUGCUGCGAGCUCCUCUGGGGGUUAGUGUUUCUGCAUUAGUGUUUGUCAGGGGAUUUUUUAGGCAAACACGCACUACAUCACUUUGACAUUGAUUAAAAAUACAUGGCCCUAUUCUCGGGGACAGUACACAAAUCACCACAGUGUCCAGUCAGUCCGGGUGGUGUGGUGUGGUCUGGCUGUCUGUCUGUCUGUCUGAGCCUCAGUCCAGUCAGACCCCUGAUUUAAUUGCGGCUCUCGCUGCUCUGCUCUGGGCGGUGUGUUAUGUUGGUAGUUCAAAGAACCGAGGGCGCAGACCCAUCCAUCAGCACGCUCCGCCAUGGCCCACCGCUCACACCGCACUCCAUGUAAUCAACAUUAAGGCAACACUCAAUGUGAUCCUCAUCUUAAAGGUGCAAUAUGCAGAAAUCACUUCGCCAUUUCCUGGUUGCAAAAAUUCUAAUAGUUCACCUAAUGUGAACUAUAAAAGCAAGUAUAGUGGACAGAAUCAUUGUACCAUCUAAACCGCUGUGAAAUAUAUUUUCCAUAACCAAAAAUGUUGUAUUUCCAGCUGUUUGAAGCUGGUGUACAAAACUUAAGAACGGAAAGCAUAGAAAUAGUGCACAUAGAACAGAAUCUACCACUUCUUAGACUUGCUUUCAAUGAGAAUGAAAGACCUAUAACUCAUAAUUCUACAUGCAUUUGGUCGGGUCGCCCAAAAAGUUACAUAUGCAGGUUGCUUAGUGGGUAAGAGCGUUGUGCCAGUAACCGAAAGGUCGCUGGUUCUAAUCCCCGAGCCGACUAGGUGAAAAAUCUGUCGAUGUGCCCUUGAGCAAGGCACUUAACCCUAAUUGCUCCUGUAAGUCGCUCUGGAUAAGAGCGUCUGCUAAAUGACAAAAAUGUAAAUGUUUAAGGGGAGAUGGAGAAACCUGCCUGCCCUCAUUUCCCCUUUCUCUCUCUCCUCCCCCUCCCCUCCUCCGACAACCCCAGCUUCCACCGCCAUCUAUAUCGGCAACACUAAUGAUGCCACGCCUGCUAGAACGGUUUCACUUUGCCGCUUUGUCUUUCCCUCCUCUCUCUCUCUCUCUCUCUCUCUCUCUCUCUCUCCGUCUUUCUAUAGCUCCUAUCCUCUCUACUCCAUCCCUGAGUGGCUCUCUUGUUUCCUCUGGCUCAUCUGUUAAGUGGGAGAUAAACCUCAGUUAGGGUGUGUGGAAGUCACUUCAGUGGGGACAAUGUUAUCUGAGACCUAGCGCUACUCUGAGAGGUGUGUGUGUGUGUUAAAGUCCCACCGCCCUGGUGGUUUGUUCAUUGUCGCGGUUUAGGGAGAUAAGUGUGCCCACUUCCUUCUUUAGCUAAUGCCUACUACCCACGCUGCUGUUGUGGCCUAGCCUGGCCUUCUCUCUCUGACGGCUCUGUGCCUAAUGGCCUUAAAUCAGAGACCAUUUCCAUGCUGUGCCAGCAGAACUGUGUGUCCAUCAGUGUGGGGCCAUUUUGCUAGGACAGCUGGGGGGGGUGGUAGCCAAGACAGGGCAAUUAGAGCCUUUAUAGGGGUAUCACAUCCAUUCUCCCCCUGCCUCUUCUCUCAUCACCGGGCUGGGCCGUGCUGGUAGAGCUGCCUGCUUGCCGAUCGAUGGCCAAACCUGGAGGGGAAUGGGACUACUACUGAUUAGAGAGGCCUAGCAGCCUGCCAUUUCACCCUCUCCUAUUUCUAUUUCUCUUUCUCUCUCACUUAUCUCCACUACUCAUUCUGCUUUUGGUCCGUCCUCGGACUGUGUGUGUGUGCAUGCAUGUGCGUGUGUGUGUGUUUGUGUGUGCAUGUGUGUGUGUGUGUAUGUGCCUGCUCCCUUUACCCUGACAUCAAUGUGACAUGGCACUUAAUGGACUCUGCCAUGUGAAACAAGCACCCUGUGUUAAUUACCUUGCCAAGGCCCUGGCCUUUGUAGAGCAGUUCAUUCCCACUCGGGCAACCACUGCGAGAAAGAGUGUGUGUCUCGGCGUAUGUGAGAGACUGCUGAGAUCCCCAUUGUGACUGUAAUUCUCUUAGAUUCAGGCUUUUCCCCAACGCCUAAGAAACAAGUGUUUUGUUGUCCCUUUUGCAAAAAUACAGAAGGCUGAAGCUACAGGCAAGCACUCACAAAGCAGUUGAAGAUAAAGCUGGGGGCUAUUCUGAGAGUGGAGGGGCUACAGCGAGGAGAGCAAUACACUCGGUGAAUCCACAUCCCUCCCUCGCCUCAUUCACAUGUCGAUUAGCAUUGCCAAUGCUCCAGCAGUCUCAGCGUUGAAUGAGGCCGAAAAGCACUGCAUCAAAACAAUCUCACAAAUGGAAUGUCGUCCUUUUUAUCCGCUGCCGUGUUCUGGUGAGUUUUGGUUGAGUUAUUCAGUGAAAUCACAAUCAAGAUUGCCAGUGUAGAAAUGAUGUAUUUGUUUACCUUUUCCAUUUCACCCAAAAUAAAUAAUUUGAGACAUUAUGAAAAUACAGUGCAUUCAGAAAGUAUUCAUACCCCUUGACUUAUUCCACAUUUUGUGUUGUUACAGCCUGAAUUCAAAAUGGAUUAAAUAUAAUUUUUUCUCACCCAUCUACACACAAUACCCCAUAAUGACAAAGUGAAAACAUGUUUUUAGAAAUUUUUGCAAAUGUAUUGAAAAUGAAAAUGAAAUACACACCCCUGCGUCAAUACUUUGUAGAAGCACCUUUGGCGGCAAUUACAGCUGUGAGUCUUUUUGGGUAAGUCUCUAAGAGCUUUGCACAACUGGAUUGUACAAUAAAAUCCUUCAAGCUCUGUCAAGUUGAUUGUUGAUCAUUGCUAGACAGCCAUUUUCUUGGUAAGCAACCCCAGUGUAUAUUUGGCCCUACGUUAUUUUCCUGCUGAAAGGUGAAUUUGUCUCCCAGUGUCUCCCAGUGUCUGGAAAGCAGACUGAACCAGGUUUUCCUCUAGGAAUUUGCCUGUGCUUAUAGCUGUAUUCCGUUUCUAUUUUUCCUAAAACACUCCCUAGUCCAUGCCGAUGACAAGCAUACCCAUAACAUGAUGCAGCCACCACCAUGCUUGAAAAUAUGUGUUGGAUUUGCCCCAAACAUAACUCUUUGUAUUCAGGACAAAAAGUUAAUUUCUUUGCCACAUGCCUUGUUGCAUGUUUAGGAAUAAUUGUAGUCUGUACAGGCUUCCUUCUUUUCACUCUGUCAUUUAUUUUAGUAUUGUGGAGUAACUAAAAUGUUGUUAAUAAAUCUUCAGUUUUCUCAUAUCACAACCAUUAAACUCUGUAACUGUUUUUAAAAUAACCAUUGGCCUCAUGGUGAAAUCCCUGAGCAGUUUCCUUCCUCUCCGGCAACUGAGUUAGGAAGGACACAUGUAUCUUUUUAGUGACUGGGUGUAUUGAUACACCAUCCAAAGCCUAAUGAAUAACUUCCAUGCUCAAAGGGAUAUUCAGCAUCUGUUUUUUUGAGUGUGUAUUUUUUACACAUCUACCAAUCGUUGCCCUUCUUUGCGAGGCAUUGAAAAACCUCCCUGGUCUUUGUGGUUGACUCUGUGCUUGAAAUUCAUUACUUGAUUGAGGGACCUUACAGAUAAUUGUAUGUGUGGGGUACAGAGAUGGGGUAGUUAAAACAAUUAUGUUAAUCAUGUUAACCAUUGAACACGGAGUCCAUGCAAUUUAUUAUGCGAUUUGUUAUGCGAUUUUUACUCCUGAACUAAUUUAGGCUUUCCAUAACAAAGGGUUGAAUACUUUUUGACUGAAGACAUUUAAAAUUUAAAUUUUUUAUAAAUUUCUAAAACGUUCUACAAAUAAAAUCUGCUUUGACAUUAUAGGGUAAUGUGUGUAUAUCAGUGCACAAAAUCUCAAUGUAAUCAAUUUUAAAUUCAGGCUGUAACACAACAAAAUGUAAAGUAAAGCGGUGUGAAUACUUUCUGAAAGCAUUGUACAUGUAUGCACACAUGAGAGAGUAGAGUCUUACUGUUCUUAUAUAAGAAUAGAUCAAAUGAGUUGUUCCCUUUCAAAUACAACAUUUUAGUUAUGAAAUACACAAAACUUGUUGGCAUACACAAUAAACGUUAAUUGGUAACGAACACCCCACAUUAACGCCAUUCCACCAACGUAUCUAUUCACAACGCGAGGGGAUAAAUACAGUUUUAUGUGUUCUUGUCAUCUGACUGUUGUGGUGUUUAGAGAUGUGUCAUUUUCAGCCGAAAUCAAAGAGAAGUAUUGAUUUAAUCAACGGAGAGUUCAACUAGUAGACUGAAGUAUGAGUGUGAUUUGAGUGUCUGGGAACUGAGCCACUUUGAUCAGGAAAUGUGAGCAGACAACAAUAGUGACAUGCUUGUUGUUACGCUAGAUGAAAGAGAAGCAGCGCUGGUUUUAUCUUCAGGUGCACAUUACAUGUAAACAGUCCUUGACAGAUAAUGGUGCCUCACUUUCAGAUAGGUGUCGUAAAAGAGUGAAGCUUUUUCCCUACACAAAUUUAGGGGUUCAAUCAAACCUGCACAAGGGAAAAAUCACAUUGUUUCUCCACUGCAUAAAUGUAAAAUUUGCUUUGCUUCAUUUCACCCAGUUAAAUUGGUUUGAUUAAUUGCAGUACUUGAAAUUUGAAUUUUUUAUGGCACAGGAUUGAUGAAAAUGUACUGCAGUACAUGUUUGAUUGAAUGUAAGCCUAAUACAGCGAAACACAUUUAGAGCUUUGGGUCUAUGCAAGUCUUAGUCCUUGCAUUGGAAUCUAAUGUGUUCCAUCCUAAAGUGAGGAGAGCUCCUUCCUCCUUCGAGAGGAUUAUUCAUCAAUGCUGUUCAUAGGAUAUGAUCGACAGCCUUACUGGAGGGUGGGCCUCCUCCAUUAUCAUAUUGGGCUGCGGGAAGCAGGGGAGCCCUUGGCUGCAGGCACAUCUGCAUGGGGCGUAGACCGACUCCAUGAAUGAUUCAGCAUCCAGAACCCAGCCUCUGUGCCAAGACAGAGCCGGGCCCCAGUACAGUCCUGUGGGUUUGCCUCUAACAAUGUCCCCUGUCUACAUAUACUAAAACCCCCAAAACCCCUCUCCACUCCAUCUCCAUCCCAUCCUGUACUGACUGCGGCCAGUUUGGGUUGGAGAAACUGAGCCUUCCCAGAGCAGCAGAUGUAGAGGGGGGGGGUGAAAGCUGAGAGGCGCAGGAGGGACAACCAGAUAGCGGUUAAGGAAGCUGACCGGAGCCUCAACCACAUUUUAGCUCUAGAGAUAAGGGACAUCCUGCUUGCUGGGAGGAACGAACGGGCCCGGAUCACUCGAAUUGUACACAGGCAGAGUUAGCCGUUCUGGCUUUACCCACUUUACCCACAAACCAUGUGGCUACUUCAGAAGUAUUUAGACAGAUAACAUUGACAGUACAGCACCGUAAGUGCCUUAAAUAUCCCACAGUUGUAAUGACAGCUCUGUGUUACAUUGCAGUUUUCACAUGAUACUUAAAACUGCUGAGGUGUUAGAAGCACCAAAUCCAUUGCAGUCUUUUUUUUAAGAGCAACAUUUGUUUGUGAAACAUGUUCUAAAGCUCACAUCUAUUCCCACAGAGGUGAAUGCCAUUAAAUUAACUGUGUUUCAAAAUGAUGCUGGUCACAGUAACUGGCUCCACCUGUUCAUACCGUAUCAGCAGGUGUUCUGCUCCUCAUAUUGUUUGUCCUUUGAUUUUGGAGCGACACGUUUGAUUUGGUGGAACAAGCUUUCCCCUAAUGUCAAGCCAGCGGAGUCCCUGCCCAUCUUCCGAAAACUUCUGAAACCCUACCUCUUCAAAGUGUAUCCCCCCCCCCCAACACACACACACACACACACAAAGAAUAAUUACCUGCACUUGUCUUUUCCUAAUAGCAUUGACUUUGCUGAUAACCACUUUAUUAAGGGAAAAUGUACUUAAUACGACUGUGAUAUGUGGUUGUCCCACGUAGGCUAGCUAUCUUAAGAUGAAUGCACUAAUUGUAAGUGGCUCUGGAUAAGACUGUCUGCUAAAUGUCUAAAAUGUCAAAUGUAAAUGUUAUUUUUAUCAAACAGCUUUUGAAGCCUCGGUUUUGCCCAAAACGUGGUCCGUUUUUAUGUUCUAGAAACUAAACAGAGGUUCUGGAUAGAAGCAGAAAGUCGUUUAAAAAUGAUCUACACUCUUUGAACAAAAGGUGCUAUCUAGAACCUACAAUUGUUUUUUGGCUGUCCCCAUAGGAGAACCCUUUGAAGAACCCUUUUUGGUUCCAGGUAGAACCCUUUUGGUUCCAGGUAGAACUCUUUUGGGUUCCAUGUAGAACUCUUUCCACAGAGGGUUCUACCUCGAACCAAAAAGGGUUAUACCUGGAACCAAAAAGGGUUAUACCUGGAACCAAAAAGGGUUCUCCUAUGGGGACAGCCCAAUAACCCUUUUAUAACAUUUUUUUCUGAGUGUCAUAUGUCCAUGGCAGCCACUUUAAAUGACUGUAGUUUGCAAAAUGUCAGCUGAGCAAGUUAAAUGUUCAGAAGCCACAGCAGUGGUAGAGCGGUAGCAGCAGUGUAUGCCUGCCUGUGUGGAUGAGGGGAGAGGGAGGUGUGUGAGAUCCACUAGCGACAGUACAAGAUCUCCACUACAUCACCAUGAUUAUUUGGCAAGGCUGAAAACGAUAACACACUUAAGCCAGUUUUGUUGCACUCAGCACAAAGACUGUAAUGGCUUGUAAUAUAUGGCAGCAUGAUUGAAAGCUGCAGUGUUUUACCACGCAAACUAUUCCUCACGCACAUCUCCUCCUUGCUUCCCCUUCGCCCCUAGCAAAGUGGCAUUUCCAUUUUAAGAUUGCCUCCCUGGCCCUUUGUGAAUAGAAUUGAAUUACGCUGAGAAGCACUGAUUGAUUCCUUCUGAGCACAACAGUUUCCCCCUUUCUCAAAGAACCUAUUGAAUCCAGUCCAAGAAGUCAUUGUGGCCAUUAUAGGGAACUGAGGGAGACGUGUUGGAGGGGGAGAGCGGGGAACAUGUAGAUGGGAUGGCAUCAAGAGUUCACAUUGUGCACGUCAAAAAUCUCAGGUAUAUAGCACUACUUUUCACACAGACUCACCGAGACUACGGAGGACCCCAGGGCCUUUCUAAUGACCGUAGUGAAGAUUAUAUUCGAGCUCAUUACGUCACGCAAUUUUGUCACAAGGACUUUGCACCAGGAUCCAUCGAUGCAUUCUGAAAGAGGGUCUCACUGAGGAAGCAGGAGAAGUUUCUCAUGCGAGGCUGUCACGCCCUGACUCAGGGGACGCUUAAAUGUUGAGUCAGGGUGUGUAUAUUCUUUGUUGUGUGUUUUCUAUGUUUAUUAUCUAGUAUGUGUAUUUCUAUGUUGGCCGGUGUGGUUCCCAAUCAGAGGCAGCUGUCGCUCAUUGUCUCUGAUUGGGGACCAUACUUAGGCAGCCUAUUGGCACUGUCUAGUUGUGAGAUCUUGUUCCUUGUAAGGUAUGUUGUGUGUGUGCGCUACCUUGGACUUCACGUUUCGUUUCGUUUCUUGUUUUGUCGAGUGUUUAUUGGUUUAAUAAACAUGUACGUAUAUCACGCUGCGCCUUGGUCUGACCCGUCAUUAAACUAACGUGACAGAGGCAUUGUAAGGUGGUGGGUGGGUGGGUGGGGUGGAGGGGGGUGCAGUACCCUAUCCUGGAGGUGUUUGAUAAAUGAGGCGCUGCCACGCAACCUCUCCCAACCUCCAACCCCCAUCCCCAUCCCCAAGCCCCCUAUUCUACCCAUGGUGAGAUUCUGAUGAUCCUUUGAGGACACUGUAAUAUAGCCUUCAUAGUUAAGGCUGUGUGCCUACACAGCACAGUAUAGCGGAGAGGGGAAGGCCACUGAUGAAAGGCAGAGAGGGUGAAAGGUUCACGUCUGCACCAGUGCUUUAAUCAACUUUACUGCAGACAUGCAGUAAUGUAGAGCAUAGGAUGAGAGAUGUACUGUAUCCCAACGCUGGCACCAACUCACCACACUCCUCCCCCACCCCAUACCUCCUCUCUCUCACUGUAAGAGGGGGAAAAUACCUCAUGUAACCCGCUCUGGGGCCAGAGUAAACAGCAGCGAAGUAUACAGCAGGGGCCUCAGUGGAGAAGUUCUGGAACAGAGACAGGCUCUGUGUUUUGACUAGUUACUCAUGGUGAUGUACCGAACGGAAGGGCCUCCCUGGGUAGUCAACAAAGGGGUUGAGUUGGAUUUGAUUUCACUAGCUGGUGCAAGUGAUGUUCAGCCAAUGAAAUAUGGAUCGCAUCCAUGUGCCCUGUCACACUAGCCCUGGUGCCACAUCAAUAGGCCACUCCAGUUCUCAUUUGGAGAAGUGCCAGUCUGAUGUGCUGGAGCAUACAAAGUUUCUCUUUCUUUAUUCAUCUAUCACUGUCACGCUGUAAAAUCCUUCAGGAUCUUUGGGGCUUUCAUUUUAAAACCAGAUAUGAGACAGGAAUCAGAGACGCCUUUUUGUUGCAUUAGAGAGUUGAAACGCGGAUCAGUGCAAAUGUCACCAACAGUCACGUCACGCUCUUCCUCCUGCUUAAGGUAACUUCUGCUCUGUGCCACCCACCAUAUUAGAGUGAUUUAGCUAAAGGCUAAAUAAUGAUUAUGUGACAGCUCUCUGUGAUGGUAUUUAUUUGGAAUCUGGAGCUGAGAAGUUUCCACAGUGUGUGUGUGUGUGUGUGUGUGUCUUAAAGAGGGUUCGUGUGUGUGCACCGGAGAAUAUGUGUGUUUGUGUGGAGAGUGUUUUAUUACAGGUGUCUAUCUAUUGUAUUUUAGAGGGUGUCAGGGAGCCCUACAUUGCACGACCAAGCGCUGCUGAAAUAUUUACUAGGCGGCAAAAUUGUAACUUUGUCCAAUGACCCUGGAUCAGUCAUUUGACCCUCUGUGACCCUCCAUUACUUCCUGUCAGCCCUGUGUGAUCAGGCCCUGGUGGCUCCUUUUGUCCCUUUCUUCUUCUUCUUCUGUAGUACUUCAUGCUUUCUGGCCUGAUCUUCUGGAUCAGCAGUAUUCCCCCUGUCCUUCUCUACCGCUCCCCCAUUUCACCCUGUCCAUUUUCUCCCCGCUCUAUCUUUCUUGACAUAUAUACCUACCUUGGUGAAUGUAGAGUUUCUUUCAUUAGAGCAGGAUUGAUGGAAAUAGAUGUUGUACAAUCAGUCCAUUUUGCUAUUUUCUUCGUAGACUUGAGAAUGAAGGGAAGUUAGUAUGUAUUUUAGAUGUAUUUCAAUAUACAUUUUGAGGGCAGCUGUGAGGAGAGCAUUGUACAUUUCUGGGAUGUAUAAUUUGUAAGUGAUUCACACGGAUAUGUAUAUUUUCAAUACGUAAAGUAUUUGAUGAAGAGCAUAAAUGUAUGUUUAACACAAGGACCUGGAUUGGAAUCACAAGUAAGCCUCUUUCCUAAGACCUUUUGAUAAAUAGAGAAAAUCUCAAGUUCUCUCUAUAACACAAAACCCAAACUUUCUCUGUUAUGUUUCUGCUGAGGACACAGAUCACUGCUAAGGAUUAUGGUGUACUUAAUUGACUCAAUUAUCCAGUCCAGUCAAAGUUUGUAAAGAAAAGUGUGGGCAGCCUGGAUUUCUGUGGCAUUAAGUCGUCAUUGAGGGGGCACACGGGCCCAGUGUAUUUACUGCCAGAGCCUGCGUUUAUCCGACCUGAUGCCUCUAAUGCGGGUAUCAAUCUCCACAAUGCAUUCUCCCUCCAAUAUGGGUCGUGUCAUCUCUGGUUAGUGGAGUCUCCUGAUGAAAUUGUCUAAAACUCCACCGAUCAAUCAAGCUAGUGCUGGAUUGAUUUUCUUUCAUAUUUUCUCAUCUUCUCUUUUCUUCCUGCCCCUCUCCAUUCGAAGACCUCUGAUGUUCCCUCAAUGUAAGAUGAAUGUCGCGCAGAGGGUAAAAGAACGUCUGGGUUAGACCUGUUGGCAUCUAUGAGACUUUCUCCUCUCUACCCCUCAUCUCUCUACCCCUCAUCUCUCUCUCUCUCUCUCACUCUCUCUCUCUCUCUCUCUCUCUCUCUCUCUCUCUCUCUCUCUCUCCCCCCUCUCAAAGACAAGCAAAUAUCACCUCAGUAGACAUAGUACCUGUAUUAUCCUAACACACUCCACAUCCAAUCCCCUAAUAUACCACAUCAACACCGACUAUUGAAACUGUAACUAUGGCCUCCCAUUUCAUCUGUGUAAAUGUAUUCCCCCUGUCUUUGUAUUGAAAUAAGUACUGUCUAGUGGUAAUGAAAAGACUACCAGGCAGGCAGGCAGAAACACACCAGCAUGGCCUCAGGUUCCCCCUCCAUUGCCUGGUCUUAGCCAGGGGACGGCAGGGCCAGCCACAUCCUCGGGCCCCCGGACCCAUUUGUAUGGGCCGCACGACUUUCCCCAUAAUGAAAUAUUCACAGGUCACUGGUUCCCUGAGAAAUGAUGGCGGUCAGUCAAUUGCUUUUCAGCGAGUAAUUUUCUCCCCCUUCAGACUGCCCUGCUUGUCAUGUUGACAGUCAUUAGCGCAGGAGGAAGGCUGGAUCGAAGCGCAAGUGUGACACUUGUCAGACAGGAGCAGUGUUUAUCUCCUCUACUGCUUUAUUUCCCUUCUAUCUUUUCUUAUUUUUCUUAUUUUUCUUUCUAACUCUUCUCCUCUUCUCGCCUCUUUUUAUCAUUUUUGUUAACGCUUGUGUUGGUGUAAACAGCAAAUUGUUGUUUUUUGCAGUCUGUCGUAGAUGUACCCUAUCUAUUCCCAUGUUGUGCUCUGUUCUUAUUUUCCACCAUUCUGUCAUGUAUUUUUCUUACACCUGAAAGUCAGCAAUCCUCUGUUAUUUGGAACAUUGCAUUAAGACCUAAGUCUUCAGUACAGACCAGGCAGAAUGUAAUCCCUUUUAAGGUAAUCAAUCACUUUGAAAGAAACCCAUCACAAGCCAAUCAAAAGAGACACUUCAGAUUUGGUGAUUGGUGAUUAGACCCUCCAAAAAUCCUCGGGAAAGUUUAGCCAAGGCUCUUUUUUCUUUAUGACUCAGCCUGACCUUUGAAGAUAUUACCAUCUGACGUGAUGAAUGGUCCAGGGAGGAGACACAGACUUUUCUUAUUAACCAGCUGUGGUGGUGGUGGAGGGAGAUCGGCUAGCACUCCUUCCCUAAUCCCCUUCUUCUUAAAGGAGGAGAGGAGAGGGGGUAAAAAGGACAUCAGGAAUGACAUAGUGUUAGAAAUAAUAUGGGGCCCUCCACGGCGGAGGGACUACAGUGAACUCGGCUGACCCGGAGGGAAACUCCAAUUAGCAGGGAGUAAUGGAUAGCCCCUGUGGCUGGUGUCUGCAGGCGGGUAGAACGCUGACCCUCGGCCUCACCCCACCGCAGCUACACUCAUUUCCCAGCAUCACUCUCUCUCUCACCCUGUGAUAGGUCUCAGAGCAGUCCCCGCAACACACACACAAACACACUCACACACUCACAUACACAAACCCCCCCCACACACACACACACCCACAUACACAUCCAGUGCCUUCAGAAAGUAUUCAUACCCCUUGAUGUAUUCCACAUUUUGUGUUGUUACAGCCUGAAUUCAAAAUUGAUUAAAUAUUAUUUUUUUCUCACCCAUCUACACACAAUACCCCUUAAUGACAAAGUGAAAACAUGUUUUUAGACAUUUUAGCAAGUAUAUUGAAACUUACAAUUAAAUACACACCCCUGUGUCAAUACCUUGUAGAAGCAUCUUUGGCAGUGAUUACAGCUGUGAGUCUUUCUGGGUAAGUCUCUAAGAGCUUUCCACGCGUGGAUUGUGCAAAAUUUGCCCAUUAUUCUUUUCAAAAUUCUUCAAGCUCUGUCAAAUUGGCUGUUGAUCAUUGCUAGACAACAAUUUUAAGGUCUUGCCAUAGCUUUUCAAGUAGAUUUAAGUCAAAACUGUAACUCGGCCACUCAGGAACAUUCACUGUCUUCUUGGUAAGCAACUCCAGUGUAGAUUUUUGGCCUUGUGUUUUAAGUUAUUGUCCUGCUGAAAGGUCAAUUCAUCUCCCAGUGUCUGCUGGAAAGCAGACUGAACCAGGUUUUCCUCUAGGAUUUUCCUUAUGCUUAGCUCCAUUCCAUUUCUUUUUUUAUCCUGAAAAACUCCCCAGUCCUUAAUGAUUACAAGCAAACCCAUAACAUGAUGCAGCCACCGCUAUGCUAGAAAAUAUGGAGAGAGGUACUCAGUAAUGUGUUGUAUUGGAUUUGCCCCAAACGGAACAGUUUGUAUUCAGGACAAAAAGUGAAUUGCUUUGCCACAUUUUGCAGUAUUACUUUAGUGCCUUGUUAUAAAUAGGAUGCAUGUUGUGGAAUAUUUUUAUUCUGUACAGGCUUCCUUCUUUUCACUCUGUCAAUUAGGUUAUUAUUGUAGAGUAACUACAAUGUUGUUGAUCCAUCCUCAGUUUUCUCCUAUCACAACCAUUAAACUCUGUAACUGUUUUAAAGUCACCAUUGGCCUCAUGGUGAAAUCCCUGAGCGGUUUCCUUCCUCUCCGGCAACUGAGUUAGGAAGGACGCCUGUAUCUUUGUAGUGACUGGGUGUAUUGAUACACCCUCCAAAAUGUAAUUAAUAACUUCACCAUGCUCAAAGGGAUAUUCAAUGUCUGCUUUUUUUUACCCAUCUACCAAUCGGUGCCCUUCUUUGUGAGGCAUUGGAAAACCACCCUGGUCUUUGUGGAUUAAUCUGUGUUUGAAAUUCACUACUCGAUUGAGGGACCUUACAGAUACUGUAAUUGUAUGUGUGGGGUACAGAUAGUCAUCCAAAAAUCAUGUUAAACACUAUUAUUGCACACAGAGUGAGUCCAUGCAACGUAUUAUGUGACUUGUUAAGCAAAGUUAUACUCCUGAACUUAGUCUUGCCAUAACAAAGGGGUUGAAUACUUAUUGACUAAAGACAUUUCAGCUUUACAUUUUUAAUUAAUUUGUAACAAUUUCGAAAAGCAUAAUUCCACUUUGACAUUAUGGGGUAUUGUAUGGUGGCCAGUGACAAAAAAUCUAAAUGUAAUACAUUUUCAAUUCAGGCUGUAACACAACAAAAUGUGAAUAAAGUCAAGGGGUGUGAAUACUUUCUGAAGGCACUGUACACACACACAGUGUGUGUUAGUGUGUGUGCUGGUCCACUAAGUUGUUUGCUGGGAGGGUAUUAGGUAGUGUUUCCUCCAGGGAAGGAGAGUGAGCCUCCUCCAUGUGCCUCCUCAGGUCUGUGCCAAUCAGCCCUGUGCCAAUCAGCCCUGGGCCAUGCCGUGCUGAUAAGAGCAGACAACGCUCUGGAUCCCCAAAGGAAGAGAGGGGACUGUGUCUGUGCUGUGGCGUCCUCCCCCACUCCGUCUGAAAAAACUAUUCUCAAAGCACGGUCGGAAGAGAGCAGUGUGAUCUGUGUGAGGAUGGCUCUAAGAGAUCCAGACUAGUAUCUUUACAUUAAAGGGAGAACAUCAGGCAAAAUCUCAUCUUAUCAAAAAUGUGGAGAAAUUAAAUGUAGGUUGUGAUAGUUGUUAUUGGUCUUGGUGUUGAAUUGUCACUCCUUGCCGUAAUGGUAUGGUAUUGAGGAGAAGGUGUUUAUACUAAAUGGUAUGGUUAACCAUGCCAGUGUCAAUGUCUGCAACAUAAAAUCAAAAUCAAAUCAAAUCAAAUUGUAUUUGUCACAUGCUUCAUAAACAACAGGUGUAGACUAACAAUGAAAUGCUUACUUACGGGUCCUUUUCCAACAAUGCAGAGUUAAAUAUAAAUAAACUUUUUUUUUUUUUACAAAUUGAAAUAGUGAGACGAGGAAUGAAUACACAGUGAAUAACAAAUAACAAUAACGAGUAAAAACAAUAUGGCUACAGUGCCUUGCAAAAGUAUUCAUCCCCCUUGGCGUUUUUCCUAUUUUGUUGCAUUACAACCUGUAAUUUAAAUUUAAAUUUUAGUCAUUUAGCAGACGCUCUUAUCCAGAGCGAGUGCAUACAUUUUUUUUUUCAUACUGGCCCCCCGUGGGAAUCGAACCCACAACCCUGGCGUUGCAAGCGCCAUGCUCUACCAACUGAGCUACACGGGGCCAAAUUGAUUUUUAUUUGGAUUUCAUGUAAUGGACAUACACAAAAUAGUCAAAAUUGGUGAAGUGAAAUGAAAAAAAUAACUUGUUUCAAAAAGUGUAAAAAAUUAAUAAUGGAAAAGUGGUGUGUGCAUAUGUCUGGCACAAACCCAACACCCCUCAUCACCCUGAGAACACCAUCCCCACAGUGAAGCAUGGUGGUGGCAGCAUCAUGCUGUGGGGAUGUUUUUCAUCGGCAGGGACAGGGAAACUGGUCAGAAUUGAAGGAAUGAUGGAUGGCGCUAAAUACAGGGAAAUUCUUGAGGGAAACCUGUUUCAGUCUUACAGAGAUUUCAGACUGGGACGGAGGUUCACCUUCCAGCAGGACAAUGACCCUAAGCAUACUGCUAAAGCAACACUUGAGUGGUUUAAGGGGAAACAUUUAAAUGUCUUGGAAUGGCCUAGACCUCAAUCCAAUUGAGAAUCUGUGGUAUGUAUGACUUAAAGAUUGCUGUACACCAGCGGAACCCAUCCAACUUGAAGGAGCUGGAUCAGUUUUGCCUUGAAGAAUGGGCAAAAAUCCCAGUGGCUAGAUGUGCCAAGCUUAUAGAGACAUACCCCAAGAGACUUGCAGCUGUAAUUGCUGCAAAAGGUGGCUCUACAAAGUAUUGACUUUGGGGGGGUGAAUAGUUAUGCACGCUCAAGUUUUCUGUUUUUUUUUGUCUUAUUUCUUGUUUGUUUCACAAGACAAAAUAUUUUGCAUCUUCAAAGUGGUAGGCAGGUUGUGUAAAUCAAAUGAUGCAAACCCCCCAAAAAUCAAAAAUGCCAAGGGGGGUGAAUACUUUCGCAAGCCACUGUAUAUACUGGGAGCACCAUUACCGAGUUGAUGUACAGGGGUACGAGAUAAUUGAGGUAGCUAUGUAAAUAUACAGUGCCUUCAGAAAGUAUUAAUACCCCUUGACUUAUUCCACAUUUUGUUGUGUUUAAGCCUGAAUUCAAAAUGGAUACAAUAAAAAAAAAUCUCACCCAUCUACACACAAUACCCCAUAAUGUUUUUUGACAUGUUUGCACAUUUAUUGAAAAUUAAUUACAGAAAUAUCUAAUUUACAGAAAUAUUCACAUGCCUGAGUCAAUACAUGUUAGAAUUACAUUUUGCAGUGAUUACAGCUGUGAGUCUUUCUGGGUAAGUCUCUAAGAGCUUUGCACACCUGGAUUGUACAAUAUAUGCUCUUUUUUUCAAGGCAUUUGAAAGCCUCCCUGGUCUUUGUGGUUGAAUCUGUGUUUGAAAUUCAUUGCUCGACUGGGGGACCUUACAGAUAAUUGUAUAUGUGGGGUACAAAGAUGACGUAGUCAUUCAAAAAUCAUGUUAAAAACUAAAAAUUUAAUUUGUAAAAAAAAUUCUGAAAACAUAAUUCAACUUUGAGAUUAUGGGAUAUUGUGUGUAGAUCAGUUACACAAAAUCUAAAUUGUAACACAGGGUAUCCCUCGGUCCUCGGAAUCCCAAGGGGUGCAUGUUUAGUUUUUUGCCCAAGCACUACACAGCUGAUUCAAGUAAUCAACUAAUCAUCAAGCUUUGAUCAUUUGACUCAGCUGUGUAGUGUACCCCUUGGGAAACGCUGCUGUAACACAACAAAAUGUGGAAAAAGUCAAGGGUUGUGAUCACUUUCUGAAGGCACUGUAUAUAGGAGUAAAGUGACUGGGCAACAGGAUAGAUAAUAGACAGGAGCAGUGGUGAGUGUGUGUGUGGCUUCAGUAUGCAUGUGUGCGUAUGUUUUGUGUGUGUGUGUGCGCAUGUUUUGUGUGAGUGUGUGUGUAUAUGUGUGUAUAUGUGUGUUGGGGUGUAAGUGUAAGAAUGUGUGAGUGUGUGGAUAGAGUCAGUGCAAGAUAUUUAAUGCAAAAAAGGGUCAAUGCAGGUAGUACUGGUAGCCAUUUGAUUAGCUAUUUAGUGGUCUUGUUUAGCAGUCUUAUGGCUUGGGGGUAGAAGCUGUUCAGGGACUUGGUGCACUGGUACCGCUUGCCAUACGGUAGCAGAGAGAACAGUCUAUGGCUUGGGUGGCUGGAGUCUUUGACAAUUAUUUGGGCCGUCCUCUGACACCGCCUGGUAUAGAGGUCCUGGAUGGCAGGGAGCUCGGCCCCAGUGAUGUACUGGGCCGUACACACCACCCUCUGUAGCGUCUUGCUGUCUGGUGCCUUGCAGUUGCCGUACCAAGCGGUGAUGUAGCCAGUCAAUAUGCUCUUAAAGCAUUGGAGGAUCUGAGGGCCCUUGCCAAAUCUUUUCAGCCUCCUGAUGGGGAAGAGGCGCUGUCGUGCCCUCUUCACAACUGUGUGGGUGUGUGUGGACCAUGUUAAUUCCUUAGUGAUGUGGACACCGAGGAACUUGAAGCUCUCGACCCGCUCCACUACAGCCCCAACGAUGUGGAUGGGGGCGUGCUCGCCCCUCCAUUUCCUGUGGUCCACGAUCAGCUCCUUUGUCUUGCUGACGUUGGAGGGAGAUGUUGUUGUCCUGGCACCACACUGCCAGGUCUCUGACCUCCUCCCUAUAGGCUGCCUCAUCACUUACUGGAAUGAGAAUGUCCCACAAUUCACCUUUUAUGGAGAGGCUCUCUCUUCCUCCUGUGGCCGCAUUACCCAUGAUGCCCCACAGCGGAUGAGGGAGGGAUAUGCUGGAGGCGUCGCUGCUCUGCUCUGCUAACCACUCUGCCAGAACACUGCACUAAUUGAUGAAGAGAGAUUGCAUUCUCUCCCCUGCUCCUUAUCAAACUUUUUUUAAGGCACCGGAGGGCACUUCUUUAUAAAGUCGAUAAGUUUUAAAUGUAUCAAAACAAAAAUUCAGCCUUAAUCAGUGAGCAAUGUUGUUUGAAAUAGAGUUUUGAUCUGUCUGGGUGUAAUUUGGACAAAUAUACACUUAUCGUAUCAAGAAUCUAAGCUGUUCCACUUUUUUACCGUAAUGGGCUUUUUUAUCAGAUGUGUGCCCUGGUUCUGUUACUGAGAAACAUGGGGCCAGCUGUGUAUCACCAUUACAGCUUGUGUCAACAUGUAUACGUUGCAUCACAUCAAUCUUGCACUCAGCAGGAGCGGACAGAGCUAUUAUGUUAAAAGCCCAUUUGCCUGACAUAUUCUUACUGAAGAUGGCCUCUCGCAGGGGAGGGGUCUGAUCUGGUGAAUAUUGAUAGGUUCAUUGAUUGAGUGAUUGGUCUCGGGUGAUUUAUCGAUUGAUUUCGCUUCCAAAUGAGCUGCGAGAGAGAGGUGAGCCCAGAGGAAAACAAACCACAUUCUCCUUCUAGCUCUGGCUUUACAUAAUGAGACAACACUGAUUUAUUUUGGGUACUGCUGCUGUUUUCAUUAGGAUGUUGUGUGGAGUUGUUUUUGGAGUCCAUUUUCAACUGAAACAUACAAGAAGUGUUAUAGACUGAAAUCACAGGAAAGACAAAAUACAUGCUAAAGGACGUUUUCCCCUCACCUGACUGAUCAAAGUCAAUCUCAUAUCUCCUGGUUUUAGGAAGACUUGCGGGGCGUCGUUGGGUAGUUAGGAGUGCAUGGACUGUGGAUGGGGGAGUGGGAUAUGUAGAUUAAUGCAGUGGAAAGCCAUCCUUCAAAGUGCUUAGAAUAAUUAGAGUCAGGCCUCCAACAGAAUGGGCAUGUCACUGGAGGAAAUUGUGUUUUUAUUUACUGUGGUGGCUCUUCUCUCUACCUCUUUAUCUCUCUCUCUCUCUCUCUCUCUCUCUCUCUCUCUCUCUCUCUCUCUCUCUCUCUCUCUCUCUCACUUUCACUCCCCCUCUCUUCCUCUCUCUCCCGUUCUCUCUCUUCCUCUCCCUCUCUCUCUUUCUCCCUGGAAUCCAUAUAGUUGUAGAGUUAUAAUUCAGGGACGGAGAGUUUCAGAGUGUCUUUAAGGUGCUGUCACUGAACUGGAUGCAUUUCUCCGAUUUGUAUCUCUGUACGAUGUUUGGGCGUGUGCAUUUGUAUUCAGGGCAGAUCUGAGUUUGUGUAGGUGUGCAUGUACUGUAUGUUAAUGUUAAUGUUCUUUAUUAGCAUGUGUGUGAGGGUUAAUGUACUUUAUUAGCAUGUGUGUGAGGGUUAAUGUACUUUAUUAGCAUGUGUGUGAGAGUUAAUGUACUUUAUUAGCAUGUGUGUGAGGGUUAAUGUGUGGGUGUGUGUACAUGCACAGUAUGGGUGUGAAUGUGCGCGUGCAAUGCAUUUGUGUGAAUGCAUACGUGUGUGUGUAUGUGUGUGUGUGCGUGGGCGUGUGUGAAGGCAUUUCCCAUCUUAGCGGUGGUGUGGGCUUUUUUUCGAGGAGGAGAGGGGAGAAAAGCCAUUGAUAAAUUGAUCACAGUGAAAUUGUGGAGUAUUGAGACAUGUUCUAAAUCCCUCCCCCAUCGGUCGGCCUCCCUCCCUCCCACACACACAAUGCACCGCGCCACGGCUCUGCUCCAGCAUCAAUUACUGUGGAUUGCGUGGUUGACAGAGUGUAAACCAGGUGCCAGCCCUCAAUCCAAUUAAAGAGAUUUAAUUGGGGAAAAUAAAUGGAGUGUGUCCGGGAAGUGCUGGGUUACCCACACUAAGUCGAUUUUUUCCUUCUUUUUGAAAAGUAAGGUAUUGUUUAUGAAAGACUGAAUUGAAUCUAAUAAAGGCUAGGGGCUAUUGGGCUAUUGCAUUUCCCCACACUGCCUCUACUUCCUCCACAGGUCACUAAUGCAAACAAUCCAAUCUCCCCUCUCUGAAAGGUGUACUGGGCUCUCUAAACAGGAUUAUUAUCUAAAAUGGCCCCAUCAGGUGUUUCGGCCAUACACUGCCAGGUUUUAGAUGGUGAUUGUAAUUCACCUUUGCCAGCCUUUUAGGGAUGGAUCACUUUAGGAGUGUUUGUAACUUUAAAACAACACCUUUAAACAACACCCAAUAGAUGAGGACAGCCGACAGUCCCCUUGUCUGUUUUAAAUAGCAUUAUUACUCUAACUACUUCUGUAACCAUUGAAGCUAUCCAUUACGAAUGGGGGAGUUUUUUCUCUGUUUAACAUGAGAAUCCUCUGUGGUUAUCAGUGUAGUUGUAGCUUGACACUGUGAGUGGAAAGGAGACUGAAGCACCAGCAGCAGCCACAGCUCCAUGCAGGAGUUAGCCGAGCUAAAGAGAGGUGUCUAAAGUGGUCAGGUAGCAGCACGCCGUGCAGUGGUCUCUCCUCUUCCUCCUCCAUGUCUCUCUCCCCCAAUCUGUCCCAGGGGAGGGGGGAGUGAGAGGAGGAGCAGCAGAGCCUUAUCCUAGUCUUGGUCUUCUCUUCACGGGACAGGGAUGAAUAAUUCAGCAUUGUUAGCUGUCUGCUGCUAACCCAUCUACAAUGAAACAGUCUUACUGCACAUCAAUGAUUUAGUAGACACCCUGGUUCCCUCCCCCCUUUAGAGGGAAUCAUAUGGAGCUGACAGAGACUCCUUCUCUUCACCAGCUCCCUCCACUACUUCCCUAUAAUUGGAAAGAGAAAAAUCUGGAAUGCUGUAUCAGGGAUCUGGCAGAGCGGUAUAGGCAUUUAAACAGCCAUUCAGCAAUGUCAACCUGCAGACGUGUGUCUGGGGAGUGCACCCACUAGUUAGCCCCGAAGAGGGGAGAGAAUUUGGGACAAAAGACGUGACAGAGUUUUCAGCAGACACAUUUCCUUAGUUGGAAAAGCUGUCUCUGUCUGCGGCCUAUUAAACAGUGAAAUACAUAUGUAUCUGGAGUGGAAGAGCUCUCCGAUUUGAGCGUCUUAGAUGUGUCUGUAAUAGGACCAUCCUCGGUUCCCUGAUUUGAACCCCUCUUAAAAUCCCUUCCAGCCUCCUCUGCGUCUCCAUCUCCGUUCUCUCCUUCCCUCGCUCCUCUCCUCCCCACUGCAUCACACUAACUCUGCACCACGCUCACCUCUUCCCUUUUUCAACAUCAGACGAGCAAAUCAGCAGACAAGCGAUAGUACAAGUUUUCCCAAGCUUUCAAGAAUCACCACCAUUUCAUCACAGAUAAUCACAGUUAAUAACCCUUCUCAUUAAGGAGACGAGGAUCACGGGUCAUUAAUAUUGUUAAUAUCUCCUCUCCUUUUCUCCCAUCACCGAGUGCCAGAGGGGCUGGAAACAAAAGGAGGACUAAAAAAGAGCUUAGCACGACAGUGAUUAACCGAUUGGGGUAGAUGGACUGUGAUGAAUCAAAGUUAUCUCUCAAAUCUUAAUAACUGGAAUUAGCUGCUGAUUAGAUGAGCUUGGGCUACAGCGGAGAGCAGUAGGCAUGUUCACUUCAAAGAAUAUGGCCCAUGUAAAUCUGUCCCUCCCCUCCCCAUGCCCUCCGUCCACAGAGCAAAGAGAAACCCACCGAGGCAAAGGGAAACCAAAGAGAAGGAUUACAAAGGGAGGAAGAACAGAUCUGAGUAAAGGAAGAAAAGAGUUAGACAGUGUAAAUGGUGCAUUUUACCUGUUUGCUUCCCGGUAUUAGGAUCUUUCUAUUUCUGUGUUUGCUCUCCCCCCUCUCUCUCUCUAUCUCUCUCUACAGUAGGAGGUGUCAGUGUCUCAGUGACAGGGUCAUAAUGAGAGUGACACUGUCUCAUUUGCAUAUGUUUUGCCAUUGUCACAGCGGUCAACGAAUGUCAUGUUGAGAUUCCUGCAUGUUUAAGCGCUGGCAUUUGUCCCUUAUGAGGCACUCUGGCCUCUUAUCAUAACCCUCAAAGAGAGACCACAUCACAAUGACACUCAGCUGCUUCCUAACCAAAUGUUGGUGUCACUUCAUCAGUGUUGAAUUACAGUAGAAAAAUACUAAUUUGCCGGCUAAAUUAGAUCUAGUGUAGAUCAGUGGAUCGACACGGUACGAGAAUUGAUUCACAUGUGUAUGACCAGAAUCAAAAUAAUGUGCCUGAUCAACUGCUCAAUCAUCAAUUUUCAUUUCAGAUAGGUUCUUUAUCUCCGUGAUCAAUGGCAAUUUCUAGAAAUUGAAGAGUCUUAUCAAUUUAGAACAUGUGUAAUAAAAGUAUACCAAUAUCAAUCUGUUCAUGUAAUUUGAUACAUGAGAAGGACGAUUGAGAGGGGGAAAAGACUAUCGUGUAUCGGACUGAGAUUUAUUGUAGUACAUUUGAUCAGGUUAAAAGCAACGCCUGCGGGCUUAGUUGAUUUAAAAAACGACACACAGCCCACAUGUCUAUUUAAAUUCCGACAACAAGUCUGGAAUAAUUAGUCCCUGAUGUAAAUAUCCUGUUACACAACAAAAAGGCAACAACAUUGAAAAAGGCAAUUAUCUGCUUUUAUGGUGUGGGGAAAGCAUGGCGUGUCUGAUCAUCUGUAAAUUAUAGUUGUUUUUAAAGAGCCUGUUGGUUUAUUAGGAGCUUUUUAAUGCGCCGUUCUCCAGCCCCAGACAGAUCAGAUCCAUGCAUGGCUGCUACGGCGGGCGGGUGGGUGGGUGGGUGAGGAGGAGACAGACAGGUUCAUUACAUGUCACAGGAGUUCAAAGUGAUCCUCUGUCUGCUCUGUUUAUUAAGUGGCGCUCCAGUCGUCUCUGAGGUAUAGUAACACUUGCUAGUCGCAGCACAGCAGAAGCUAAGAGCAGUCCCAUCUCGAUCGGCACAGGCUGAGACUCGGAGUGUGGUGUUGUGCGGUGCAGCAGCAAUGUAAUAAAGAAAUCAACAAGGGAUAGAGGGAAAUUAACUCUCCCUUUAAUACCCUGUCCGAGGGUGAAGCCGCGUUCACGUGCUAGUUGGAACUAGGAAACUCUGACAUUUCUGACUUGCUAACUGGUUGCAAGUUAUACAUGUGCUGCGUUCAACCAGUUAGUAAGUUGGACAUUUCUGAGUUUCCUAGUUCCGACUAGCAUGUGAACACGGCAUGAAUCACAAAUAAGUGCUCCCAAUAAUUAGGAAAAAUCAUGUUAGAGGGAUUGAAACAUAAGUGACAUGUGAAAACGAUUAAGGCUCUUGAAGAAAAAAAACACGGUGUGCAAAAAAUCUCAAUUCACUCCAGGGGGCCGAGUGUAGAUGCAGUAUUUAUCUCCAUAGAGAUGAGAGUUGGCAAGAGAGGAAAUAUGAAGGGAAAUAAUAAUGCCGUGCCUAGCCUAUUUGGAUUCCCAAACCUGCUGAAGAGUGGUGUGGAAGAACACUGGGGGUAGCUAGGGGGAUGCAAAGGCUUUUCUCAGGUGCUUCAAAUCUGCAUUAAAUUGGGCCGCUGCAUCUCCACCUCUCCAUGCUCUCUCCCCUCUCUCUCUCACAAAGUUUCGCUGUAAUUGGCAGACAAUGAGGGGGAAAAGCCAGCCGGUGCGCCCGGAAAUCUGCUUCAUCACGAGAAACCCAACUGGAGGAUUUGUUUGUUGUUGUUGUUUACCUCUGCCUCUGAGUUGGGCUUUUCUGACUGACCUUGAAUGGAUGGCAGGUGGUUGUAAUUAACAGGCUCUCCCUGGCUGGCUGCAGCCUCUGGUGAGAUGCUAGCGCUGCUAACACUGCUAACUCUAACGGAGUGUUGGAGCACGAUAAUAUGGCUUUGCCAAAUUAAAAUGGACCUAGCUAGACUCAAGCUUUAUUUAUGUGUGCCUGUUAAGACAAAACUAAUGCCAGUUGCUGGAUGUUCAAAAUCAUCCCAGGCCUGCCUCACUGGCCUGCCUGCCUUUUCUGCCUGUCUGUUUGUUGGAGUUCAAUUAGCUGGGUGUCAGUAGCGGGGUUGAAAACAACAAGGGUAUUUUAUGCGCCUGGCUGGCUGAAAGUCCUUGCUGUGUUUUGUUUGUGUUGCAUGCUCUAAGUUGGCCCACUGUUGAGCUACGUGACACUCUCCGUUUGUCCCCACUCUGUUUUCUGCUGCAAUGGCCCAAUGGGAUUUGUCACAAGUUGGCCUUCCUCUCAGUGAGGCAGUCAUUAAAGUGAGAUGAGUGCUUCUCUUCUCUAUGUCUUGGAGCUGUGCUGUCGCUAGAAAACACUCCACACUCUCCUCCUUUGGACUCACUGCACUGGAUAAGUUCUUGAAAACUUGAAACAUUUUAAAGGGUUCCUGUCAACAUGCUAGUUCAGUAACUAAUUUAGGCUACAGAACACAAAUAUGUGCUGAAUUACCCAGAAAUGAAAAUUUUCUCGAUAUUCACCUGGUAUUCUUGUAGCUCAACAUCUCAAAUGGAUCAUCUAACAUUGUAACAGGUCUAAUGUUGGAUCUGGUGACAGAUUAACCUGUGUGGUAGAGACCUUUUAAGGUCUUCCAGUCCCUAACAAUUGAGUCCGAGCGGCUGACUCGGUGUGUCUGAGUAAAAGCCAUAAAGCUGCCCACUCAAUCACACGUCCAUAGCUGAUAUCAUCAGUGGCUCCCAUUUGAGUGAUUUCCCCCUGGAUUCAAUGCAACACAAUUAGUCGCCUACUGUCUUUAGCCUUAGCUUUGCCCUCUGACCUCCCAUUCACAGUACAGGAACUGACACCACUCUGCUGAUAUGAGUUCUCCCCAGCUACUGUAUGUGAUCAGCCCAUCUCUGCCUGGCCGACUCAGAGAGCAAGUCCCCAGCAGCUUUGCUGAAGAGGAUCAGAGAUUGUUGGCCACUGGCCAAGAGCUCUACCCAUGGUAUCCAUGGAGAUAGAAUGGAGCUUCCAUCAUCAAAGGAGCUAACACCAGUUAGCAGUUACAGUAGUAUCUCUCUCCACCUGUCUAUUGCCCUGUGUUUCUCUCUAGACGAUCAGGUCUGGAAGUCCAAGCCAUUUGGGCCUGCCCAACCUCCUCGCCCCGUGCACCUUAGACAGUGCUGCCUAAUGCUGACUGUAAAAACAAAAACUCUGCUACCAAAAGUGAUUUCCUUAAGUAAGGGUUUCAAUCCAAUUUUACACUGGGAGAGUGCUUAAGAUUAAAGAGAGUGUUUUUUAUUGUGCUCUUCUGUAAUAGGGGUGGAGCGGUAAAGGAGAGAGAGAUGGAGAGAGAGAGAGGUGGGAGUAAGAGAUAGCAUGAGCGAGAGAGAGAUAGGAGAUCGAUACAGGCUGGCCGUUUUGUCUGGAUUCCUGUAUUCCCCUUGGUCCUGUCGAUGGAGGAGGGGUUUAGCUAACUCCCACCACCUGGCCUUGUGCGGGGGCGCUGAAUUACAACGGAGGGACCUGCUCGCCCAUCGUUAACACGCCUGAAGGUGGACGAAUGCUGCCUGCCGCCCGGGGCCUGAUAACACCACACAAACGACCAGGAACAGUUUUUCUCCAGCCAUAACUUAACGUCUCCCCCUCAGAGCCAUGAGAGAUGGGAGAGAUGGGAACUGCGACCUGCGCCUGAGAGCUUUAUGGUUUAUAUGGUGUUGGGGUUUUCAUCAGGCACUGUGGAUUAUCAUGAUGAUGCUAAGCCAGCACCAGCUAAAAGGGCGUGUGGUCGCAGAGGGACCAACGCUACUCCUGCUGAUUUGCAUGGGCCCUUUUUUCUCUCCGAGUUCAUUUCUAGUUGAAUAACUUGUUUGUCACAUACAUCAGAGAGAAGGGGAAGAUCAUACGAGAGCCAGUGUUACUUUGUGUUUCACUAAUGAGCCCCGUUCUCUACUCACCCCUCAUAGCCCCCCACUCCUUGCUUUUGGUUUGCUGCCCUUUGAAACAGUGCUGUGGUGCUGUAUAGUGCAGUACAACACUUUGGUUGCUGUCUCUCUCUCUCUCUCUCUCUCUCUCUCUCUCGCUCUCUCUCUCUCGCUCUCUCUCUCUCGCUCUCUCUCUCUCUCGCUCUCCCUCCCAGCUCCAGGUUGUUACCCAGUGUUGUGUGUCACAUGGCUCGUUUCAGUCCCAUGCCCUUGUUUUAUGCUUCAAGAACAAUAGGCGUGACACAAAUACACUGGUGCUCUGUGCCUCGCCAUGUCUAACAGAAUGCUUUAAUGCAGCUUUGAUCUCCCUUAUGGUGUGAAAACUGUUUCUCAUACAUGCCUUAUUGUCAUCUGGACUCAAGCUUUCUCUCCAAAUUGAUUUGUUGAUGUUAGACCACUAUGUGAAAGGUCUCAGCUGCUGCUGUGCCAUGAGAAGCUUCCGUUUUUUAGGUAGCUAACCACCCCCCUUCCUUGAAAUGGGUGCUUAAAAGUUUAAAAAUUGCCGACAUCAAGAGUCGCCUUGAAUAAGGAUGCCCUGCAAUGCAAGUGGGUUAUAUAACACCAUGACUAGAGGGAGAGGAGAAGUAGAGCACAGGGGGAGAUAUUUAAAAAGUUUCAGCACGAAGAGAGAGGGAAGAAAGAGACGGGGGGAACGAGAGGGGAGGUAAAGAGAGAGAGAUGGAGGUAGGCAGGGUAGGUGAGGUCAGGGAGGAGUUAAGGGCGCAGGCCUUGAGACUGUGGCCUCUCUGGAAGCUGGUCAAUCCUCCUCAUCUCUCAAGGCUGAAGGGCCUCUCUUUUUUCAUUUAGAUAAUGGAGGCAUUUCCUUAAUUGGCCAAGUGGUUUGGACUGUGGUUUGUUUGGCAACACAUCAGUGUAGCAUUUUUUCCAAAACAUUUACAGCGCUGUGCUGCACGGCUCCAAUCCCUCAUUAAAGCACAGGCCUCCUCUCCUCUCCUCCAGCCCAACUAGUUACGGCUGUCUGUGGAAGCCUGCCUGCAACAUGGAGGCCAAACAGCAAUGCACACAAGUGAGAAAAAAGGAAUAAAAAGCAUUUAUCUCUCCUCUCUCCAUCCCUAGCCAGUUAAGGCUUGUAAAGGAAGAGACAGAAACUUCUCUAUCUGUUUACUGUUAUUGUUUUUCCCCUUACCCAUAAGCCUCUUUGUCUUCUCUUAUCGGAGGAGUUAUGCGUUCAGCUCGUGUGAUCUGUAUCUUCAAAUUUGAUUGAGGAUAUUUGGUGGGAAUGUGUUAUUGGAUUCUGGCGUUAUUGUCUCACCUUUUUUAAAACACAAUUGUGGGUUUUUUAAUGUAAAGAUCUGGUAUCUGUUCCAGCAGGGCUCAAUGUAGUGGAACAAUAAGACAUGCUCUCCUGUAGUCCUAUCAUUGCUCUGCUUAACAAUGUGCACCAGCAUGAGAGAAGGGGUUUGCAAAGUGCCUGCCACGUCUCUACCAACCAUCUAUCACUUAAGUCACUUAGGAGCACAGAGACAGAACAAGACAAGUAGGACAGAAUGAGAGAGGGAUAUGAGUGAGGGAGGGGCUGAGAAAGAAGAGCCAAGGACAGGACAGAUAUAUCAAGUAAGAUGCAGGUAGUAGAUGUUCAAAGAAGAAAAGUGGAACACAGAAAGGAAUUGGCUGCUCCUAUAACCGACCUGUCAUUUGAAUCAAAGGCUCUAAUCAAAAUUGUAUCAAUUAAUUGAUCUUUCCUCUUGCGCUUUGCCAUGAGUGCAAUUUAGUUUCCCCCUCGCUCCUGCCCCACCACCAGAGAACCAUGCUCUACACCAUAAACUAUGUUAAUUAAUAAUGAUCAAGGAAUCCUCUAAUCUGGGGGGGAAAUAUGAUAUAAUAGAUAUUUCCCUGAGAUACUUAGUUUGCAGGACAACUCUUCAUCUCCCCAGCUACUUCCAAAGCACUGGGGAAACCAGCAUGGCUUUCAUGCUGCGUUGUUCUCUAGUACUACUAACAACGUACUCCGCUGUUCUAACAAUGUAACUUUAAUCACGAGUGAUGUGGAACAAUUAAUGUAACUCUGUCUUCUCCUCUUUGUCUUAACAGGGUAACCAAGAGGCCACCAACCCCCCAGAAGCCAUGGCCCAGCCGUACACCCCUGCCCAGUACCCGCCUCCUCCACAGAAUGGCAUCCCGGCCGAGUUUGCAGCGCCCCACCCCCUCCCCACACAGGACUACACUGGGCAGAGCAGGGUGCCCGAGCACACCAUGACCCUCUACACCCCCACACAGACGCACAGUGAGCCGCCCGGCACCGACAACAACACGCCCGCCAUCACCGCCAACACGACUGUACCGGUCAGUACCGCUCAACAACACAAUACACACCUGGCAUUAUCUUAAAUUAGGUUGAUGACCGGAGGUGUUUAAGGAACCUUCGCCUUAAGACAAUUAACAGUAGGAUUGUUAAUAAAGGCUUGGAAGCAGGAAGACCGCAAGUGAUGGAAUAUUACAUUUUACGGUCAUAAGGUUGUGCAACGGCUCGUUAGGUUAGGUAACGUUAACGUUAACGUUACACAACUACCCAGAGUGUUCAAUGGUGCAGGAGUAGACUUUGAUGUCAGAAAAUACAUAAAGAUGUCAAAGCGUGGAGCUGAUUCUGCGUGAGUUGGAGUUGAUUGAACUUAAUUGUAAACGCUGUGGCGAAAUGAAAGUGCAUUUUUGAGAAGCUCUCUGGAAAACGUGGAAACCUGAGGUGUUUUAUUUAUUUCCACCAAUGAGAUUCAACAUUCUGUACACAUUAAUCAUUUAGUCUCUGUGAAAGGGGUACAAGCCCUCCUCCUGAUCCAUUUGGUUUUGGAGUUAGUGGAAAGGAUAGGAGGGAAAGAUGCACUCUAUGCCUGCAGGGGCCUGGGCUAGGCCAGCCAAAAAGCCCUGCCUAAUUGGUCAAAUUAGCUAAUUAGCUGUAAAUGUAUAUAAACCUCUGAGAAUGUCCCUCAACAUAUUGCACUGCCUCCUGAGGAGCAUCCGCUAAGCCAGGGUUAUCCACAGACACUUUCUCAGAGUUAAAUAUGGGGAAUUCAGCAUACAGCUAUUAUUCCAUAGUAAGAUAUGUCAAAUUCAGCAUACUACACCGCUAUUUCUCCACAGUAAAAUAUGUUGAAUUCAGCAUAUUACAUCGCAAUUUUUCCAUGUAGUUAAAACAUCUUGAAGUACGUGGUAUUUUUUCAGAAUUUGAUAUGUCAAAUACCGAAUAUUACACAGAUACUUUCCAUAGUUAAAUAUAUAAAAUUCUACAUAUGACAGCUAGUUUUUGUCAUAGUUCAAUAUGUUGAGAUCAGCAUAUUCAGCAGCCUAUACUUUGGACAAAUAGGACAGAGCAAACACUAUAGCAAUGUGAGCCCACUAGGUAGGCUUUGACAUGUGGUUUAAAUGAAGUGAAAGUAUACAUAAUAUAUUUCAUAUAUAAAAUAUGCCAUAACCUGGGAUUCACCCUUUCUAGAGGUGGUCGAGGAUCAGAGAGGAGGGUUUAGCGGAAGUCUGUUCUCCCUCUCUCUAACUCCUGAUAAAAAUAGAAAAUCUGACUUCAGUCCAGCCUUUCUUCCUUUCCUCCCUCUCUUCCUCUCUUCCUCUCACAUGAAAACACUCGCUGGGAUAGGUCAGCUGGGGGUCAAGGCUGCCCCCCUGAGGGAUUCAAGUCACCCAUAAAAAAGAUCAUUAACAACUCAAUUUUCCUAGCCAUAGAAACACUGAAGCACCAUGGAUAAUGGGUGGAAAAAGCAGCUGUGAUGUCCAGGUACAGAUACAGCAAGGCCAUGUUUAUAACUGUGGCAUUGCUCUGUAAUGAAAUCAUGUUUGAUUUGAAGAUGUGUGUGACUCCGUCGUCAUGGCUGACUCUUAAUGGCAGCUACGCAGAUACACUGGAGUGUGUUCAGUGAGUAAGGAGAGACUUUGCAGGAGGUUCCACUCCCCUGCUCAGAACCCUGCCGUAUCACUGCCUCUCAUUCCCCCACACCACUCACUCCUCCGCCUUCCGUGCUCUCGCCAUUUUAUAUUUGAUUUCAUUUCAUCUGUCCGCCCGCUGUGAAGAAAGCCAAGUGACGUGGCCAUGGAGAGAUGAGAGGCGGCCCUGCUUUCCUUCACGGCUCCCUUCCUCUCUCUCACUAUCUUUCUUCCUCUCCCUUUCCCUCCCCUUCUUUUCCCCACUCUCUCUUUCUCUCUACCCCUCUCUCUCUCCUUCUCUCUCCAUCUCUCCCUGCCAGUGAGGAGAGAGGGAUCAGAUUAUAGGGCUGUAAACAGAGUGGCUGGCUAAUCCCUGGGGCGGCUGGUGUAGGGGAGCGCUCCCCACCGCUGUGCCCCCCCCCCCCCCCACCACCACUGCUGCUCCGUGCUGCGCUCCCCUGCUUUAAUGACAGACCCAGCCUGUUUGCUUUGGGUGCCACAGAAGGGCGCGGGUGUCUUUGAUUAGGACACCCUGCAGAAACACAGAUUGGGGAGCAGAUCAGCACUCACUGGGCUCCCACUCCUCAGUGCUUUACUCUGCCUGUCUCUGAAAACGUAUAGACUUUUAAAGAGUCAUGAAGAGAAGAGAAUGAAAUGUAUGGAUUCUGUGUGAAUUCCCGGCAGAGGGUUGGCAGUGUGUGUUUAAUGAGAGAUCGCCUCUCUUCUCUGUCCUCAUCUUUCCAGUCAGUCCUGCUCUACUCCAGGGAGGUGUUGUUGUCCAGACUCAGACCUCUGGGGCCUGCUCUGGGACUCCCAUGUUCAAACGACACUCACAUGAAAGAGGGUGACUUGAGGAUAGAAAGAGGCAGCCAAACUUUCUCCAAAUCCUCAGAGAGAGAGAGAAUAGGGACUGUAGUAGAGGGCUGCCAGCAAGUUCUGUUUCAAAAAAGCAGAGCUCGUUAUCUAGCAAGCGCCAUUCAAAUAGUCAGAGGUUGGGUUUGGAUUUCAUGAGUAAUCAUUAUUUUUAUUCAGAUAACAAAUUAAGGCAGUGUCGUUUGGACUGCACUCAAUUCCAGAUUUCUCUAAGUCUGUGUCAGCUGCAUGAGGACUAUCCAAAGUGGAUUCUGGGAGCUUGUGAUAACACAGACACAUGGGCUAUACAUAUGCAGACACACAUACAAUUCAAGCACAUGGAAGAGCACGCACACUCACUCAGACGAUCUCUCUUAGAGAGAUUUUGCGAUUCGCAAGAGAUUCUAGCAGCCUAUGGCUCUCAGGGCCUGGAUGAUGAGUGUAUAUAGGACCCAGUUAAAGGGAAUGUCUGUGUUAUCUAAAUGAAUAGCAGGCCAGGGGGAGGGAGGGAGGAGGGGAGGGAUGGAGGAGGAGGGGCUCUACUCUACCUCUCUCUCACCCCCUGCUAUUUCAGGUGACUGAAGAAGGGAUGCGUUUGCAGUUUCUUUAUAGAAGAGGAAACAAACAAUGGAGGAUUGGGUGGUGGGGGGGGGGGGGAUGAAUUAAAGGAAGGCAUUAUAAUUAUUGUGAGCGACGACUCGGUAUCCCCCCCACUUAAUCGGAUGUAAUCUACCUGCUUGGCAGCGUUCCAAUCAGAUAGUUUCAAUUAUGUGCUUGUAAUACCACUGAGAGGAGGGGGGAUGUGCUGAGCACAGCACUUUGCAAGUGAUUUGCAAAUAACGGCGAGGGAGUCUGUUAGAGGAAUGAGUGAACAGGAAGCAGGGUGGGUGACUCGCCACCUGAGAUGACAGCUACGCUUGGCGGGGGCGGUAGCGGCAGGCAGCGGGUGGCGGAUGACGCCGGGGGUUGCAUCAUCCUCCCCCCAGCAGCCUCCCUCGCCAUGACUGUGACAGCAGCCGCCGGGACGGUAAAGUGCCACUGAACGUGGUCUCCUAUGGCAGGAGUAUUAAACCGGGGAUCCGAGGUAUUGCAGGGGGUCCGUGGAAAUAUAUAUUUUUAAAUUAAGUGGAUUUUUCCCCCCAAUGUUUUUAUGAAUAUCGCUAGCAACAACAGAAUAAAUACAUUUUAAAUUACAUACAAAAAGUAGAACAGAUGAGAAUAUCACAUUUCUAAUGAUGUCAACAUUAUUCUUCAACUCCUAAUAUUGAGCAAAUUACACUCAUCGGAGCCAUACACUCAUUGGAGUAUCUGACAUAGGCUUUGAAAAAGCACCCGCGAAUAGGUUACCAUUGUGGCAAGUGCCACUGACUGCUGGUAAGCUUUCUUGUCUUGGGCAUUCAUUUUUGCCAACACAUGGCUAACCUUUGUUUAACCAGCUAAACAACUGCUCUUAGCGAAAAUGUGUUUGGAGUUACCUUUCUAGCUAAUAGGCUAUGUUAGAGUUUUUGAUUUGAUUUGAUUUAUUAGGAUCCCCAUUAGCCGACGCCAAUUGCGACAGCUAGUCUUACUGGGGUCCGACAAAUAAAGUUACAUACAUUUAAAAACAACAUGUAGUGUGCGUGUGUGUGCAUCUAUCAGUACACAUACAUGUCAGUACAUACACACAACAAGUUUACACACAAGAGUUUACACUUCCUCUUCCAAUUAUAAUGUGGGGAGGUCAAAAUAAUGAAAAACUAUCUACCAAAUCUAUUCAUUUUAAAUGUUGAUAACUUUUCCUUGCCUUUAUCAUUACCCAGAUGAUAAGACAAGACGUGAAAUUUAUUUAUUUCCUAGCGAAUGAUGGGGGUCCCUGGGUCGCCGGUUGCCUGGGAAAGGGUCCCUGGGCAAGAAAAGGUUGUAGACCCCUGUCCUAUGGUAAUACGCAUGUCAUUAUUUUACACUGAAACCAUCUCACCUUCUCUCAACCAGCCCGGAUCCGGAUUAUCCCUCAGGAGGAGCAAUGGAGAUACAAUGGCGCUAAACUCACUAACAGAGACACAGAGAUAGCUAUAGGUGGAUGAGUGUCAGUCGUAUUUGUAUUUACCCUCUAGUCAGUAUGGAAGAAGUGUGUGAAGUAAAAGGGAAUCUGGAGGUUUGCUAACACACAGCUAGAGGACCCCAUGAUAAGAAGCCAGUAGCCAAGCUGGAGGACAGGACAGUGAGUCAGUCGUUGUGUAGUCUGGUAACAUACGGUAAAGGUCGAGAGUGUCAUGUGUGACCGAUGAAACAGAUUGACCCGUGGUCCCUAAUGCCUUAUCACCCUCCACAGUAGUCGGGCAUCUGUCUGCCGUGUGUCACCCUGGGACCCAACAUGGCUACUCAGGCUAUUAACCUCUAGCACAGGAGGACAUGGAACACUGAAGACCCCCUUCCUCCCUCCUCCCUUUUCACUCUGUCACCCACUACUCUACCAGCCUGAUACUGGAGCUAGCUAGCCCAGCUCACCCCUCCACUACCCACCAGCCUGAUACUGGAGGCUAGCUAGCCCAGCUCACCCCUCCACUACUCCACCAGUCUGAUACUGGAGCUAGCUAGCUAGCCCAGCUCACCCCUCCACUACUCCACCAGUCUGAUACUGGAGCUAGCUAGCUAGCCCAGCUCACCCCUCCACUACUCUAUCAGCCUGAUACUGGAGCUAGCUCUAGCCCAGCUCACCCCUCACUACUCUCACCAGUCUGAUACUGGAGCUAGCUAGCUAGCCCAGCUCACCCCUCACUACCCAAUACCAGUCCUAUACUGGAGCUAGCUAGCUAGCCCAGCUCACCCCUCCACUACUCCACCAGCCUGAUACUGGAGCUAGCUAGCCCAGCUCACCCCUCCACUACUCCACCAGUCUGAUACUGGAGCUAGCUAGCUAGCCCAGCUCACCCCUCACUACUCCACCAGCCUGAUACUGGAGCUAGCUACCCGCUCACCCCUCCACUACCCACAGCCUAUACUGAGCAGCUAGCCCAGCUCACCCUCACUACUCCAUCAGUCUGAUACUGGAGCUAGCUAGCUAGCCCAGCUCACCCCUCUACUACUCUACCAGCCUGAUACUGGAGCUAGCUAGCCCAGCUCACCCCUCCACUACCCAACCAGCCUGAUACUGGAGCUAGCUAGCCCAGCUCACCCCUCCACUACUCCACCAGUCUGAUACUGGAGCUAGCUAGCUAGCCCAGCUCACCCCUCCACUACUCCACCAGCCUGAUACUGGAGCUAGCUAGCCCAGCUCACCCCUCCACUACCCACCAGCCUGAUACUGGAGCUAGCUAGCCCAGCUCACCCCUCCACUACUCCACCAGCCUGAUACUGGAGCUAGCUACUAGCCCAGCUCACCCCUCCACUACUCCACCUACGACUAGCUACCGCUCCCCUCCACUCACCAGCCUGAUACUGGAGCUAGCUAGCCCAGCUCACCCCUCCACUCUCUGCCAGCUCUGAACCGACUCAGACCUCAUCACCCCUCCCUACUGUCUGACCCUACUGGCUCCUGUGCCCUUCUCCACAUGAUAACCUCUGAACAUCACUAAACAUCACUGAACAUCACUGAACACAGGACUUUCAGACCUGCCAUCACCACCGUGCCCUACCUGGAUGGCUGGAGGGGAGACUAAGUGGGACCUUGAAUCAAACAACUGUCAGUGUUAACAAUGUAUGUCACCAUCUCCGAAUGGGCCAUAAAAGCAAAUAAAUGAGGGCCAUUACAGUGGAGAUUGUGAUUAUGAUAAUGAGAAUAAUAAAGGCGAUCAUCAUUACGAUCAUGAUGAUAAUGAUAAUACUGUGAUGAUGAAUUAUAAUGAAUAAAUCCCUAGCCCAUUUCCUAAAUGGCGGGAGAUGUAUCACCCAGGGGUCUGCAGCCACCCGACGGCCUUGGAGCAGGGUGCGGGUUGUUGGAGGGUGGAGAGAUGUCUGUGUGUGUCCGUGUUCGUGUGUUCUCGUCUGCAGCCUGCUCCAUGUACCUUUUUUGUUUCUCAUCUAAGCCUCCUGUCCUUCGCUUCUUAUUUUUACCCUCUCUCUCUCUAAACCUAGGCCUCGCUCUUUUUACCCUCUCUCUCUCUAACCAUGCCUCGCUCCUUAUUGUCACUCUCCUCUCUCUAACACUAUCCAGCUCUCCUCCUCUACCCCCUUCACUCUCCUCUCUCUCUCUACACCUCCUCAUUUCCUCUCUCUCUCCGCUCUCCUUAUUGUACCCUCUCUCUCUCUACCAGCCUCGCUCCUUAUUGUACCUCUCUCUCGUCUCUAUGACCCAGCCUCAGCCUUCCUUAUUGUACCAUCUCUCUCUCUAACCAGGCCUCGACUCCUUAUUGUACACCUCUCUCUCUCUAAGCCAGCCUCGCUCCUUAUUGUACCCUCUCUCUCUCUAAACCAGGCCUCACUCCUUAUUGUACCCUCUCUCUCUCUAAACCAGACCUCGCUCCUUAUUGUACCAUCUCUCUCUCUAAACCAGGCCUCGCUCCUUAUUGUACCCUCUCUCUCUCUAAACCAGACCUCGCUCCUUAUUGUACCCUCUCUCUCUCUAAACCAGGCCUCGCUCCUUAUUGUACCCUCUCUCUCUCUAAACCAGGCCUCGCUCCUUAUUGUUCCCUCUCUCUCUCUAAACCAGGCCUCGCUCCUUAUUGUACCCUCUCUCUCUCUAAACCAGGCCUCGCUCCUUAUUGUACCAUCUCUCUCUCUAAGCCAGACCUCGCUCCUUAUUGUACCCUCUCUCUCUCUAAACCAGGCCUCACUCCUUAUUGUUCCCUCUCUCUCUCUAAACCAGGCCUCACUCCUUAUUGUACCCUCUCUCUCUCUAAACCAGGCCUCACUCCUUAUUGUACCAUCUCUCUCUCUAAGCCAGACCUCGCUCCUUAUGUUCCCUCUCUCAUUUUCUUUUUCUUUCUCUCUCUCUUUUUUCUCCCUCCUCUCAUCAUUUUUUCAUUUAUUUCACAACACCAGAAGUGUCUGUAAGAUGUCUGUGUUUUAAUUUUGGUAAACACAUUUAAAUGAUCCAAUUUGUUGUUAUGCAGACAGAGUUGGUCCCUAAUGAUCCUUCCAUGGAGAGGAUAAAUGGUUCUGAUGACCAGUGAAGUUUUUUACAGAAAACAAAUCUUGUGAAACCAUCUUCCUCUGAAACUGGGUCGGUUUGAGUAAACAAGCCAGCAGCCGUGUUGAAAUUCAUCACUCUUGUCUGAGGGAGAAACAAGUCGGAUUUGUCAUAGACAUCAGACAUGUCAUUUAUAUCACAAUGUCAGCAUUGCAUUCACAUAAUGAUGGAGACAACAACGUAGGAGCUCUGGGCCUCUGCACUCCUACGGCACUGAGCAAACACCACCAAUAAUGUGUCUCAAGUCUAGAUGUGUCAGAAGCGCUAGGAUCUAUAUCCAUGCCUUUCUGUCAAACCCCUCAAUCUUUCUUUCCUGUGGCUCCAGAAGCUAAGUGCAAGAGAUUAAUAAGCAGAUUUGUAAUGCAUGACCUCAGGUUUUAAACCAUAACUCAUCAGCUGUUUAUCGUGUUCUGCUUCUCGCCAGAUUGAAAAAUAGCUAAGUUAGUUAGCCGGUCCUCCUCUGUCUCUCUUCCCCCUCACCAUGUGACCCGAAGGUACAGUAGUAGGAACUAAUGAGCUGCUUGUGUCUUUCUGCUGUUUGUUUCCCUCUGGCAGACAGAUGACGUGACGCAAUCAGAGGUCUCCCUGCAGCUCCAGCUGCAGCUUUCGGACUCCUCGGAGAAGCAGCAGCCCAAGAGGUUACACGUCUCCAACAUCCCCUUCCGCUUCCGCGACCCCGACCUGCGGCAAAUGUUUGGGGUGAGAUCCCUUCCCUCUCCCUAGAUUCACUGGGAGAAACCAUUCUUUACCCACCCACGCAUGUCACGGUACCUGCCUGGAGUGUGUAUUGUCUCUCUCUCUCUCUCUCUCUCUAGAAAGUCCAGACACACAUUCAUCCUGAUCCCUGAACAGGUGUACUCUCUUUUACCUUGAAGUGUAACUUCUCUGUCUCGCAUUUCACACCAGUCCUAAAAAUUAACACAACAAAAAAAGUAUAGAAUUAUAAUGGAUCCGAAUCGGGAGCAUUGCCCAAAAAUAUAAUUUGAAUGUUGCAAACGCUAAUUUAGGUCAUUAUAAGCUACAGGCGUUAAUUUUCAUCAUUAUGGAGACGACGUCAAACUGAUAAUAUUAAUUACAGGAGAGCCCUGGAUACGGCGUAAUAAAUUACUGACGAACACGGGCGGCCUCUCCCCUGUCUCCCUCUCCGCUCCCGCUCCCCUCUCUCUCGCGUCUCUCUCCUCUCUCCUCUCUGUUCCUCUCCCACGCUCUCUCUCUCUCUCUCUCUCUCUCUCUCUCUCUCUCUCUCUCCUCUCUCUCUUCUCUCUCUCUCUCUCUCCUCUCUCUCUCUCUCACUCUCUCCUUCCUGUGCUGUCUGAUUGUUGGGUUUAUUGUUUCCAGCUCUGGAGCAGGUCCUGUGGAAUCCAAAUUGCCUCAGUAAUUAGCUUGGAGGCUUUGUGUGCCCGGCCGACGUGUGUGUGCAGUGGCCCUCCCAGCAGCCCUCCCCUCCCUAACUUUCCAGGCAGUCGAUGGCUGGGUCCUGGGAUUGAUGGUUGUGGGCAGAGCUGGUUGCUGGUUGGGAGAGGAGAUAGCAUGUCUGUGCUGUAUUAACGUGCCUGCUCAGCUCCGGCUCCACCCCUGGACAUGGCCUCCACAAUGACUCUGUGUGUGUGUGUGAUCAGUGGUGUGCAGCCCCAUCCCUCUGGCUCUAAUGGCUGACCUGCCGCCAGGGGCUCAAUACACCAUUACCGUUACACAUGAGCAGAGCCCGCAGACAUACAGGCAGGCAGAGGAAAGCGAAAGGGAAAGGUAACGGUGAGAUGGUGCAUGUGCCAAUGGUGGAGCAGUGGAACCCAGCGCAGCGCAGCCGAACCGAGUGCUGCUGCCAAGCCCCCAGGAGCUCCAUCUGCUCCCACACGGUGUGAAGAGCCCCUCUCUCCAGCUUUCCAGUGACUUGCACGCUUAGCAUGGGCCCUCCAUCAGCCACCAGCAGAGAGCUAACACAGACGCUAGCUAGCCCCUAAACAAGGAGGGAGGGUCUGAGAGUUACCCUACCCCUCCGUAGGGGUUAAGGGUGCAGAGGAUGACCCUCUGAGUCACUAACGAGGCGCAGAAUGAAAGCCUCAUUAAGGCGACUGCUGCGGACCUUAAUCAGUGAUUAGAAAAGUGUGAUAUUUGAGAGAGCGGGCGAUUAGAGGAGUGAAAGGAAAACACUCAAAGCAGCGCUAGCUCGGGUAGCGCGGCGUACCAUGCUGUGCUGCUUGAGGGUGUCCUCCUCAUUCUGCUCCUGGGUUCUUUAACAGUACUCCUUCUCGGCUGCUUGACAAGGGCAUUCAAUGAAGAAACAUCUCUGGGCAAUCAGACCUCUGGCCCCCAUGCUUUCACACUGAGCUCCAGUCUAUCUCACCAGCCCCUACUCUGCUACUCCCAGACAGUAGCAACACUCUACACUACUACACCAUGCUGUAUUAUGUUAAUGAUAGCUAGCCUCCUCACAGCAUUCAAGUGUUGUAGCCUAUCAGAAGCAGGGAUACAUACGGUACCCUAUCCGUGGUUGAUAGCUCUGCAUUCCAGUUGAUCACAGUGUAGAAAUGCAUUUGCAUCUCAGAUAGGAAGUGGAACGAACGAGCGAGGCCUCAUAAAAAAGAGUUCACGAGAUACAAAUAUUAACUAGCGCCUAUGAUUUUUUCUAAUUUCCUUAUUGAUAUGUUGAUUGUUUACUAUGGCUGAUCUGGGGGUGAGGAAGGAGGUGACGUCAGUCCCCCAGCUCUGUCUCUGUCUCCUGAGACCCCUCCGAUUGAUGCCAUUGUUUAUUGGCGGUGGUGCUGAUGCAGCUGUUUGCGCUGAGCUGGGGCUGAGCUGGGGCGUGGAGGGGUGUAGGGAGGGAGGAUAGUGUGGGAGCGGAGCGGCUGAGAUCCCCGGUGCCAUGUGGGAAAGAUGACUUCCCCAGAAACGAAUUAAUUGACGCCACAAGCCCAUUACUCUUGGUUAAAACAAUUAGCAUCUGCACAUUGCAUGGGGAAGCAUUGUCAUCUCAUGCAAAGAGGGGCACCACGCUGGGAUGUAAAUGCCUCUGUGUGUGAUGGAGCCGGGUGCGGUAAAGCGCUACCAUUGGAAUCAAUGGAGCUGAGCGCCAUACGAGGCAGAUGUGGAGAGGGGGCCUAUGUAGAAUUGCAAUCCCAGAUGAAAAAGAUGUACGCCCCUGGCCGUUGCCUGUUGGGAAGGUCAUAAAUAACUCUGACUUUUUUUCUCAGGCGUUGUGGGGGUCAGCACUUGACCCUUGGGGAUGAAGGAUGUCAUAUGUGUUUUGCCAGCCCAUAAACCCUGCUUCUCCACCAGACCCACUCCCCUCAUCACUCUCCUCACUCUCCUAUGGCCGGAGCAGGCAGAUAAUAGCCGGUUCUUCCUAACCCCUAUUAGUGGCUCAGUCAAAAUGAUCCAUCCAUUCCCAUUGAGUGCCGACCACAUGGAAGGCCUAUUUCUUCCCUGUUGUGCCCAAAUGAAGGCGAUGCGGACCGCUUGACAGGGUAAUUACUUUUAAUGAAAUAAUACGGCCAUUGUAGACAGCAAUUAAAAGUGGCUCUCACUCCACUCAUUAGGGGGAACUUGCGAUUGGCUUUCAUUCCUCUGUUUUCUAAUGCUCCGAAGUCGAGCCUGUUAAAUCGAAAGGCUUGAGCAUGUUAACCCCUUGGGACCAUCCCUCGAAUCCUGUUCACUGGGAAAACAACACACACUCACACCAACAAAGAGCGAGAAAAGGAGAGGAGGCGAAAGAGAGAGAAAAUGGCAGGAACCUGUGUAGAUAGAAAGAAAGCCACCUGUUUGUUGGGCAGGCAGAAGCCCUGCUGGUCUGUCUCUUCAUGUCAAAUCCCAGUUUCAGGGAUUUGAGAAAAGUAGUUUUCCUCAGGAGCUGCUUCACAUCACAACCUUACAAACAACCACCUUGCCAUAUGUUGAUGUAGCUUUUCUCUGUGUGAAAUAUCUUCUGUUUCUCUAACUCUACUGUGUUUACAAUAUUUGUUUUAACAAUUGUUUACGUAAUUGAUUUCAUGAAAUAGAAAUAACACAGAUAACACAGUACCUUUAUUUUGCAUUAAAAAAUACAUAAUUUGAUAAGCUCACAAUAUAUAUUUGACAUCAUUGCAUAACAAUUGUAACAUUAAAUGCAUGGCAACAAUAACCAUUUUCUGACUCUUUUCAUAACUCCAUCUCUCCUCUCUUGUCUCCUUUCUCACCGCAGCAAUUUGGAAAGAUUCUAGAUGUGGAGAUUAUCUUUAAUGAGCGAGGAUCCAAAGUAAGUGAACUAGAACCCCAGCUGCUUCAUUACCAUGUACUUCUUCUGUUUAGUAAUGAUGGCAUUAGUGCCGUGUGUACAUUGGCUCAGACUAGUGUUCUCUAAGCCUGGUCCUGGAGAGCUGGAGAGCUGCGUUCAGGCAUUCACUCCUCUCUCUGCUGCCUCUUUGGUUGUUGUUCUAGCUUUGUGCUCAGUUGGGGAAUCAUUACCCCUGUCAAUCAAUCAAUCUGUGAUUGAGCUGUUUCAAAAUCUCUCCGGACCAGGAAUACAGACCUCUAGUUUUGAGAGUCUAAUAGUCAACCCAGAUCAAAUAUCAAGUGCUUUAGCAAAAAUAGAACCAUCACCGCCAAAACAGGCUCAGUGUCUAUACAUGUACAGUAGCUCUAUACCAUGUCCUAUAUAACAUCCUCUAGUGUAAACAGCCCAGUGCUAGUCAUCCACUGUUUAUUUAAGCGUCUGUGCCAAGCUCCAGAGCAUUCCAUUCAUAAAUUAGACAGCCUCCUCUAGCUGGGUGUUCAACCAUGAAUGGGAUCGAUUCCCACUCCUACCUGGUAGUUUGGGGUCUGUGUAAGGUAUACAGCCAGCCCCCAUCUGGGAACCUAUACUCUGCUCCAACUCAGCCCCCACAGCCAGACAAGAUUGAGCACCGGAUAAAGCUGCCUCCUCCGCCGUAACAAGCAUUUAUUGUUUGUGCCCUACAAAGCCAUUACCCAUGAUGCCUCUCUCCUGCACCCUGCACGCUAUAUAAUGAACCUAGCAGGCCAUUAAUAAACAAUCUAUUUUCUAUGAAGCUUUGGCAAUUUGCGUUCAAUAUGUUUGUCUCCUUUGAAAAAUGGAGGCUCCAUUCUCCCUCUGUGUAAGCUAAUUAUUUGUGCAUGAUAAAAAAAAGAUAGAGGGGCCAACCAUAGUCAGGCGAAAUGUCUAAAGGAUUAAUUUUGCCCUCAAUUCCUUUUUGAAUUUAUUUCUUUAUCUCUCUCUCCCCAAGGACAGCUACCGUGUUAUUUAUGCUCAAAAUAGGAGCUCGCAGAUCCUGUGUAUGCAUACAAGAUCACAAUGCUCUCCAUCUCUCACAAGUAUUAUAUAUCUUCAAGCAAUUAUCAGCCUGGCCGUGGCUCCCUCUCCCUCCCAUCCCUGUAUAUGUAUAUAUAGAAACUAAAGGACUGGGACUUGUUGGGCCAGCAUAUCUUAAGGCUGGUGAUGGAUCUCAGGCCUUGUCUCCCAGUCCCCAUAACUCAAGCUGGUGACAAAGGCCUCAGGGGAGGGGGCACGUGGGGGUGGAGGAUGGGGGAUGGGGAGGAGGGUAUUUCGGUGUGAGUUUAAAGGAGAUAUCCCCAUUGUAAAGCCAGUGUUUUUUUCUUCCACCUCCUUAGAGGUAGAAUGUGAUUUAUUAAUGUACAUAUGUUGUUGGUGAUAUGUAUAGCUACCUUUAUUACCAACCAAUACCUUGAUAGUAUGGUAAAUGCCCCCAUCAGAUUUUAGACACAGCUAAUACAAUGAUGAAUGGUAAUAUAAUGAUAUGUCUAAGAAAAAGAGCCAACAUAUGGCUUAAUUUAAUUGCUACAGAGCAUACUUUGGCUAUUGUAAUGGAUUAUAAAUGGUUGAUGAUCGAAUUAAACUAAAUUGCUUGAAGAAUUUAUGAAUAUUCCUUCCUUGCUCAACUUCAUCUCAUUCCAGUGGGGGUUGGGUGUUGUUUUUCCUAAGGAUACUGUUGAAGUCUUCACAAUAAUGAUUAGACUAUAAUGUUGCGUAACAGAGUGUAAUGCCUGCGAUGCUCAGUGACAUUCUCCAGAGGUGGUUUGUGGUGUUUAAUUGGGUAAAACAGGCAGGUUUGUUAGUGUUGGUGUGUCUGUGUGUGAGGCUGUGUCAUCGUUACCUCUCCUUGAAUCUCUCUGUUUGCUGCUCCUGACGUCUCGCUAACAACCACAGAAUUAAUAACACUGCUUAUGUACAACUCUACUUCCUGCUGCUCACCUAGUCCUGUCUUCUCUCUCUUCUUCCCCCUCUCUCCUUCCUCUCUGUGUGUCCCUAAUCCCCCUCCUACCCAAUCUUUUACCCAUCCUGUCUACCUUCCUGUCCCUGUCUGUCUUACUGGCCUGGUGACACACGUGGCUCUCUCUUAGGGCUUUGGGUUUGUAACUUUUGAAACGAGCACAGAUGCCGACCGUGCACGGGAGAAACUAAACGGUACAAUCGUAGAGGGACGCAAAAUAGAGGUGCUUUUCCUUAUUUCCUGUUUCCUUUCUUCUUCUUCUUCUUCUUCUUCCUCUUCUACCUCCUGCCUGCUGACCUCUCCCUUGCCCCUGCUCUCACCUUUGUCCCACAAGAUACCUGCAUAUAAGCAUGUGCCCGCUGUGUGUGUGUGUGUGUCGUGUGUGUGUGUGUGUGUGUGUGUGUGUGUGCAUGCAUAUUGGUAUGUGUCGGAAGCACUCAGUGGAACCAGGGAUCCAUACAUGUCAAGAUGGACGUGCCAGUUUUCCAUCAUUAUGCCUGGAGAGGGAAUGUAUGCUCUCAUCAUCCCAUAAGGACCUCACUGUCAUAUCUGGAUAAAGAAGACCUACCUACCUACCUACCAACACACCCUGUUGACAUCAAUUGGUCUUGCCUGUUUAAAAAAGAAUAAUACUUUUCAUGUUGGUCUUGUUUACUAUAAAUGAAGGCCACUAUUCAGUCAUUCCCAUCAGGUCAAAAUGGAGGGAAUCUAAGUGGUCUGUCUUUUUUUGUUUUUCUUUUGAAUACGUUUGUUUAUCCAACCAAUUACCUGUGUUGCUUUUGGCUUUUUCUCUUUCAUAUCCGUAGGUAAUUGGUGCAUGCUUUCCCACUUGCUACAGUAAUAGAAUCAUCUCAAAAGAAAAUGUAAAUCAUGAAUACAUUAAUGUAAAGGUGAUUUAAGGCCAUUGUCUCCUCUGGCUAAUUGAACCUCUCCAGUCUUGUGAACUUCUAUGGUCAUUUGCAUAAUUCAGACUAAUUUUACUGAAUUUGUGUGGUAUUUCUCUGCCAGUCAUUUGGCCUGCCUUUUGGAUGGGUAUUUUAUAACUGUGGCACCAUUUUGUUUUUUGGGGGAACAGGUGAACAAUGCAACAGCAAGAGUGAUGACAAACAAAAAAGUGGCCAACCCGUACACAAAUGGUAAAAUCUGCCUCUUGUCUAAGCUACAACUUUGUUCAGAUACUGUACAUGAAGGACAAUAUUCACUAGUUUGGGGUUCUCUUACUUUGUUUAACCCUGCUUAACCCAUACACACUCUCUCCUCUCUCUCUAUCUCUCUCUCUUCUCUCAAUCUCUCUCUCUCUCUUUCUCUCUCUCUUUCUCUGUCUCUCUAUCUCUCUCCCCAUAGGCUGGAAGCUGAACCCUGUGGUGGGAGCUGUCUAUGGUCCUGAACUGUAUGCCGGUAGGAGAUCCUUCUCUACUCCACUCCUCUAGUCCUGCACCACUCUAGCUUUACUCCACUCCUCUAGUCUAGCACCACUCUAGCUCUACUCCACUCCUCUAGUCUAGCACCACUCUAGCUCUACUACACUCCUCUAGUCUAGCACCACUCUAGCUCUACUACACCCCUCUAGUCUAGCACCACUCUAGCUCUACUACACUCCUCUAGUCUAGCACCACUCUAGCUCUACUACACUCCUCUAGUCCUGCACCACUCUAGCUCUACUCCACUCCUCUAGUCUAGCACCACUCUAGCUCUACUACACUCCUCUAGUAUAGCACCACUCUAGCUCUACUACACCCCUCUAGUCUAGCACCACUCUAGCUCUACUACACCCCUCUAGUCUAGCACCACUCUAGCACUAUUACACUCCUCUAGUCUAGCACCACUCUAGCUCUACUCCACUCCUCUAGUCUAGCACCACUCUAGCUCUACUACACCCCUCUAGUCUAGCACCACUCUAGCUCUACUACACCCCUCUAGUCUAGCACCACUCUAGCUCUACUACACCCCUCUAGUCUAGCACCACUCUAGCUCUACUACACUCCUCUAGUCUAGCACCACUCUAGCUCUACUACACUCCUCUAGUCUAGCACCACUCUAGCUCUACUCCACUCCUCUAGUCUAGCACCACUCUAGCUCUACUACACCCCUCUAGUCUAGCACCACUCUAGCUCUACUACACCCCUCUAGUCUAGCACCACUCUAGCUCUACUACACCCCUCUAGUCUAGCACCACUCUAGCUCUACUACACCCCUCUAGUCUAGCACCACUCUAGCUCUACUACACUCCUCUAGUCUAGCACCACUCUAGCUCUACUACACCCCUCUAGUCUAGCACCACUCUAGCUCUACUACACUCCUCUAGUCUAGCACCACUCUAGCACUACUACACUCUAGCAGUGCUUCUAUCACACAGACCCAAUCCACGUCUACCCACUGGUUUUAUUAGAACCUGGCUCAGUCUCAACCUGCUUCCAACACAACAUUCUCUGUAGAUCAAAGUGGAUCUGGAAUAGAACUGUGGGCCAGAUAAGAAGUGGAUGAUCCAAGCCUCACAGAGAGAGUGGAGGCAACCUGAGCAAUUGUUUGUGGGGUGUGCACUGUAAAGCCGAAAAAAUGAUUUUAAGACCAUGCCACCCCAGCAACUGUUAUCAGAUUGGGGAGGCUGCUGCCGUGGAUGGAUUUGCCAAGUGCACCAGAUUGACUUUUACAGACCUAACCAAAUAAGGGAGAUUGAGUGAGCGAUAUUUUUGGCACCUUCCAUGUCGAAGGCUGGUAUUCCUCAUGGUCAGGGUAAUGGAGGAAUGAGACAAGCUCAGUGGGGUUUUCCCUAUCUCUCUCCCUCUACAUGCCACUUUUAUUGCUGUAUGUUAUAUGAACCCUUUGCAUUUUAAUGAGGGGGAAAUGGUACUAUUUCAUUUGGAAGAAGUGCUGAGCACAUCGCGCCACUUUAACGGCUUUCCUUUCUGCUCAUUAGACUAAAAUCUGUUCAUUCCCCGGACAGCUUUACGGCGAACCUCUAAAUAACUGUCCAUGACAGAAAGCAGUCAUCUAUCAUUUUCAUUUCAUCUCCAGACCCUCUCACCCUCCUCCUCAACCCCCUCACCUUCCCCCCAACACUCCCCCUGUUCCAACACCAUCUUCCCUUGACAAUUACACCCCCCCCCCCCCCCAUACACACACACACCACCAUCCCUUUCCCAAUACACACAAACACACUCCUCAUGAAAUACUCAGAUGCAUUCAAAAUCAUGCAGAUCCCAUACAAAUGAAUACACACCAAGAUAUGUUUAUAUAUUCACAACACUCACAUUUUUUCAUUUAUAGAUUCACACAUUCCUAUACACACAUAUUCUGACCUAUGCAGCACACAUGCACGUACACACACACACACACACACACACACAAACACACACACACACACACAAACACACUCACACAGAUACACACACACACAAACACACUAGCCCAAAUCAUGUAAUAAAUCAGAGGGAGUGUGGUCCACCAUUCCAGGCAGGGGAAGCGGGGGGCGAUGGUGAUUUAUUGGCUGCUAAUUUUUCAAGUCGUCUUGACAUGGCGCUGAAGUUUGCCAAGCCUAAACGACAACAUAUGCUUGCCAGCUGGGGACAUGGGAAACAUAAAUAAGAGAUACCUUUCUGUAACAAAAAGGCCUAACUAGGAGCCAACAGGUCUGCCUUUAAACAACAGCUGACCCCGAAAGAAGAAACACAUUUUAGUGGUUCCAUCCAUGGAGGUAUUCUUGAAUAAUCAUGGCUACAUUUAAUAUACUUUGGGUGGGAGUGAAAUGGGAUGUAAAGGUGAUUAAUCACUGUUUAUCAGUCCUAAUUUCUGUGCGGGAGAUCAGUGAAAUUGGGAGCUAUAAAUCGUGGUGUGGUGACAGCGCACUCCGUCUCCAUUCGUCCUGGCGCUACAGGUUUAUUGUCCUCAAAACCCAUUCAGGAGAAUGACGGAUGAGAGCUUCACGCAGGCUCCCUGCUCUUAACCUCUUGCAGGGUACACUGGCUCCUCCUACUGAUAGGAGGCUGCGUGGCGGUGACUGGGGUAGUGGCGGCACCAGCCCCAGCCCUGUGGUGUGUACCCCCGGACCCAUGUCCUCUGCUGCCUCCUGCCUCCUCUCCCCCUGCAACCCAAGACUUCCCUGGAGCCCUCCGUAAGGGAGCUGUGGAGGGGGUCCUGUGAACAGCAGGCGCAUUGGGUUCCCACUCAAAUGGACUGGGGGGGUAGGGGGUGGGGGGGGGUAGAGGGUGAGAGAUAUUAGGGCAGAGACAGAUAGCAUUGUCUAGUAUGGGGGAUAUUUUGUUGUAUUUUCGUCAAAAUACAUCUCCAGGGAGAAAUGUAUAUUACUAUGAAAAUAUGAAUAUUAUGUAAUACCUCAACUCAUGAUGAUGGUAGGAUGUAUUUCAAUGGUGUAUUUCCUAGUCUUUUCUAUAGCAUGGUGUGUCAAUUUCAGCACAAUUGACAGCUACCAAGCCGCUCUGCCUGCCUACACUAACUGAACCAGGGAAUCCAUUUCAAACAAGACUGUACGAGUCAGAGAGCCACUUCUUCUCUCUCUGCUACUAAUUCCUAAGGGGAUAGAAGGAGAUGAGUAGAGCUCUUGAUGUUUUCACUUCCAAAGGUGAAGUUUGGUGUGGACCGUCUGAAAGCCACCAGCUGAGUAAAUGACAGAAUAGAAAGGCUAAUUGUCAUAUUAAUAUAUCUGGACAGAUCCUCUCAUUGUUGAGGGGAUAAUUAAGCUCCAGUGACUUGAUUAGAUUAAGCUGUUUUGGGUCCCCAGUGCUUGAAUUAAGUGCUCAUUCCACUGACUUAUUUGAGAAGGAAGCAUUAAAGAGAUCAACAGUGAGAAUUUUUUUUCAAGGCUGGCUUUGACCCCAUAAUUUGCACAGAGCAGGAUUAGGAGAGGUUAGGUCCGACUGGCUGGCUGGCUGUGUAAAGGUAUUGAGCUCCCCUCAACUUGACACAUAUGACAUAUGAGGUGCGGUGUGACCCUGCCGCCCUCCAGCACAUUACUCCGAUUUUCCCCCAGCCAUCCAUCCUCUCUCUCUCAGAAAGGUGUUUGACUUUGGUGGCUAGACCAGUUUUGUGCUCCCAAACGCCGCUGUAGCUGUUGUUGCUUUUCAUGGGUUUACCAAAGUGUGACAACAACUUUUGAUUUAUGGGUUAUUAUUGAAGCAGUGUAGCCUAUCGCCAACUCAUUAUGAGUUUACAUUCACAUAUAUCAUAGAACGCAGAUUGCAAACCCCCCCCACCCCCCCCCCCCCCCCCCCCCCCCCCCCCCCCCACCUAAAAGAAGGAAAUUGAAGAUUUGGAGCCCUAAAAAUGCUAGCGAUUUGUACAAGGGAGAAAAAAAAAACUCCUGAAAAUAUCAAAGAGGAUUGUUUUUGCCAUUUAGCAACUGAGCUUAUAUGUCAGACUCUCCCAAAAAAAGACUAAUUUAAAUGUCAAGGUCAGCAUUAUAAAUCACCAAAGCGAAAGGGCCACCUUGUGAGUCUUACCAGUUUAUUGCUGCUGGGUCGGCAGCAAACAAAGUGCCCUGGCUGCUCGGGAGGAAAUAGGGGGAGUUUCCCGCCCAAAUGACAUGCAGGAGUUGAAUAUGUGUGGAGCCCCUAAUGGAGGGAGAUGUUAAUGGCGUCAGACAUUAAACCUGGCUGUCCGUGUUUUUAAAACCACCACUAAUCUGUCUCCCUGUCAGCAGGGUUGCUGGUGUGUACUGUUCAUUAGGACGCUUCCCAAUCCCAUCCACCUGCAGGGUUAACACUACAUUACACUACAUACAGCUAGCCGUAAUGGCCAUUGUCCCCCAGGCUAAAUCCUAUACCGGUCUAUAGGAGUGGUUCUACAGUGAGGGAAAAAAGUAUUUGAUCCCCUGCUGAUUUUGUACGUUUGCCCACUGACAAAGAAAUGAUCAGUCUAUAAUUUUAAUGGUAGGUUUAUUUGAACAGUGAGAGACAGAAUAACAACAACAAAAUCCAGAAAACUGCAUGUCAAAAAUGUUAUAAAUUGAUUUGCAUUUUAAUGAGGGAAAUAAGUAUUUGACCCCUCUGCAAAACAUGACUUAGUACUUGGUGGCAAACCCUUGUUGGCAAUCACAGAGGUCAGACGUUUUUUGUAGUUGGCCACCAGGUUUGCACACAUCUCAGGAGGGAUUUUGUCCAACUCCUCUUUGCAGAUCUUCUCCAAGUCAUUAAGGUUUUGAGGCUGACGUUUGGCAACUCGAACCUUCAGCUUCCUCCACAGAUUUUCUAUGGGAUUAAGGUCUGGAGACUGGCUAGGCCACUCCAGGACCUUAAUGUGCUUCUUCUUGAGCCACUCCUUUGUUGCCUUGGCUGUGUGUUUUGGGUCAUUGUCAUGCUGGAAUACCCAUCCACGACCCAUUUUCAAUGCCCUGGCUGAGGGAAGGAGGUUCUCACCCAAGAUUUGACGGUACAUGGCCCUGCCCAUCGUCCCUUUGAUGCGGUGAAGUUGUCCUGUCCCCUUAGCAAAAAAACACCCCCAAAGCAUAAUUUUCCACCUCCAUGUUUGACGGUGGGGAUGGUGUUCUUGGGGUCAUAGGCAGCAUUCCUCCUCCCUCCAAACACUGCGAGUUGAGUUGAUGCCAAAGAGCUCCAUUUUGGUCUCAUCUGACCACAACACUUUCACCCAGUUCUCCUCUGAAUCAUUCAGAUGUUCAUUGGCAAACUUCAGACGGGCAUGUAUAUGUGCUUUCUUGAGCAGGGGGACCUUGCGGGCGCUGCAGGAUUUCAGUCCUUCAUGGCGUAGUGUGUUACCAAUUGUUUUCUUGGUGACUAUGGUCCCAGCUGCCUUGAGAUCAUUGACAAGAUCCUCCCGUGUAGUUCUGGGCUGAUUCCUCACCAUUCUCAUGAUCAUUGCAACUCCACGAGGUGAGAUCUUGCUUGGAGCCCCAGGCCGAGGGAGAUUGACAGGUCUUUUGUGUUUCUUUUCCAUUUUGCGAAUAAUCGCACCAACUGUUGUCACCUUCUCACCAAGCUGCUUGGCGAUGGUCUUGUAGCCCAUUCCAGUCGUAUUUCCCUCAUUAAAAUGCAAAUCAAUUCAUAAAAAUUUUUGACAUGCGUUUUUCUGGAUUUUGUUGUUGUUAUUCUGUCUCUCACUGUUCAAAUAAACCUACCAUUAAAAUUAUAGACUCAUCAUUUCUUUGUCAGUGGGCAAACAUAUAAAAUCAGCAGGGGAUCAAAUACUUUUUUCCCUCACUGUAUACGAGGUAUCAUAUAACUCCAUUGCAGACUUACUGUAAAAUCACUACGUGUGAUUCCACUGUGUUUAGUGUCCAUUGGAAGAGGAGAGGAGAGGGGGAUUCUGGGGCGAGAGCAGGAGGAACCUUUAACACAGGGCCAGGUUAAUCAUGUUGAGACAGAGAGAGAGAGAGGGGGGAGGGUGUUUGUAUUUUUGCCAGGUUAAUCAUGGCGAAAAGAGAGAGGAAAGAAGAGAGAGAGAGAGAGAGAAGAGAGAGAGGGAUAAGAGAGAUAGAGAGAUGAGAGAGAGAGAGAGAGAGAUUUUUCCAGGUUAAUCUAGAGAGAGAGAGAGAGAGAGAGAGAGGAGAGUGAGUUUGGGUUUGUAUGCAGCGCUGGCAGUUCGUAAUCAGACAGUGACUGGACUGAUUGAAGGUUAAGGAGAGAUCUGGGGAUCUCCCAGCCCAGAGCCUAUCCUCUAAUUUAUAACGCUGACCAUGGCACCUCCCCCCAACACCCCCCACCCAUCCCCCAUCACCAUUGGCUGGUAACCGCUGCUGGAGGACAGGUGUGGGACUGUGAUAGGCUGAGGGGGGUCACAGAUGGGGUGUGGGAUGGGGUCAGCCGGAGGUUUGGGUCUCAGUGGUCCCACUGUCCAGCCCAUCUGCUCCAUGCUCCCCCAGGGCCUGCACAUCCAGCAUUGCUGCACAGCAACCUUCACCUCCCACCUGUCUGUCUGUACUACAACACCACACAACACUGCUCCUUACCUACCUACAACAACCUAGAACAACCUUCCCCCUCCCCCUCAGCUAGCAUACUGUUGCCUAAACCAGGUGAACGCCACGGUGUGAAACUAGUGGGAUUGCAUCCAUUACCAGGCUGUGUUUCAAGGCUACCCCUGGGUGGCGAGGGAGGCGGUGGCAGGCGGCGUCAGGAAGGAUGCGUACAGCAAAAUGUGGAUCCUUGCUGAGUACGGCACAUAGCAGUGACUGGGGAAGGGGAGAGUGCUCGAUGAGGCGCACCCAGAAAAGAUUACAUCUAUUGUUUCUUUGUCUUUCCCUAAUGUAUUCUGUCAUAGGAGAAACCACUGCCACAUGUCUCUAUAUAAUGUGUUCUGUCAGUAAUGUAAGCAAUGCCAACAUUCCAUCUCUCUGAAGUCCUCCUUCCUAUGUGUUUUUUUCACAGUAACAGGUUUCCCUUACCCGGCCACAGGGGCUACGGUGGCCUAUAGGGGUGCCCACUUGCGAGGCCGGGGGCGGGCUGUGUACAACACCUUCCGCACAGCACCUCCUCCACCACCUAUUCCAGCCUAUGGAGCGUGAGUAUCUGUGGACCUGUAGUACACUUUACUGACAACAUCAACAAUGAACCAUGCUAUUAUAACAGUUCUACUCUCAAACGUUUGGUGGCUGCAUUUGCAAACAAUUGUGUUAUUUCAUGUGUGUGCAUUUGUGCAUAAGUGCAGAAUGUGUAUGUCUGUCUAUCUGUGUGUGUGUGUGUGUGUGUGUGUGUGUGUGUGUUGCAAAGGAUGAAUAUCAAGGCCAUAGGAAGCUAUAGAAAGCAGAGAUAGUAUAUUACUGGGCAGGUCUCACUGGACUGUGAUGAUCUCCUGGUUGAUGUGAAGCAUUCAGCCUCACACUUCUCUCUUAUCAGCACACUGCCUGCCUGGCUGGCUGCCUGCCUGGGUGUCUGGGUGGCAAUGGGAGUGUAGGGGAGAGGAGAGGUCUAGCUAACCCUGGGCCUAGCCUGGCUGCCUGGCUAUCUGUGAUUAGAUCAGGGCCUGUCUGUGGCGAUGAGUGGAGAGUAGAGGGGAAGAGAGGAGAGGGGAGGAGAGGGCUCCAGUGAUGAGGACGGGUCCUAGGACUCUGGGUCCUCUACACCUCCCACCCACUCUGGGGCUCUCCUCUCCUCUCCUCUCCUCUCCUCUCCUCUCCUCUCCUCUCCUCUCCUCUCCUCUCCUCUCCUCUCCUCUCCUCUCCUCUCCUCUCCUCUCCUCUCCUCUCCUCUCCUCUCCUCUCCUCUCCUCUCCUCUCCUCUCCCCACCUCCUCUCCUCUCCACUCCCUACUUCCUCUCCUGACGUCCCAGUGAUUUAUAUGUUAGCAUCAUGUGACCGAGCUCCUUCCCUGCUGAGCUCUCUCUUUUCAUCCCCCCGUCCCUUUCUCUACCUCCUCCCCUCCACCGUAGCCUCCUGACAACACUGCAGUGACUGGAAAUACCUUUUUUUUUUACCAGAGCAGAAAAUUGCAUGGGAAUUGUGAAAUGGAUGCAUUUCCCCCCCUAAAUAUGUCAUUCAUUAUUUGUAGUGCGCUGCAGCUGCUAAGAGCUGACCCUGUAGACGUGCAGAGCCCACUUCCAUCAUUCUUGUUUUACGCCAUGCAAAUGUCUGCUUGACUUGCUCUCAUUGGAAAUAGGCUAGGAUCUAAAACAUCAGUGUGCCGAUCCAAUCUGGCUGCAUAUAAAACCACCCAUAACCCAGAUUAACUCCCCCCAUUGCUCUCUCAUUUCACAGAGUGGUGUACCAGGAUGGCUUCUACGGAGCAGAAAUCUAUGUAAGUACCGUUGGCUCUUUCUCUCUCUGCGUGCUCAGAUGAAACAGAAGUAAAGCAGACAAAAGCAGCCAGCCCUGGAGACUAAAACGCAAUCUCUCCAGCCCCCAGCGUUACCCUCUGCCUCUCUGCCAAGCCCGCGUCGAUUAGGCCUCUGUCUGCCGUGCCAAGAAACCCGACAACAAAAUGUAAAACCCCCUCAGCUCCUCCCUCCUCUUCCUCUCUCUCCUAUGAUGUCAGACUUUGGCAAACAGACAGACCCCAGCUCAGUGUCCUGUGUCAAGUCGGGUCGUCUCUCCCCUUAAAAUGGCUUUUGGAGGUGGCUUGUCUCCGCCCUAUAUCUGUACCUGUCUGUGUGUUUGUGUGUUUGUGUAUGUGCCUGUCUGUGUGUUUGUGUGUUUGUGUGCGCGUGCGUCGUGUUUGCGAACAUACAUGCCUGUCUGUCUGUCUCUGUCUGUCUCUGUGUGUCUGGGCGGGGACAGCCCUCUCUCUGUCUGGCCCAGGGGGCCAUCGUGGGGCCUUAGUGAGCCUGUGUGCCUCCCAGCCAUCACGGUGUGAGAGAUAAGAGGAGCGGAGGCAGAUAAAGGGAUUAAGCUUCCCUCUGGGGCUGUCCAUGCAGGCAGGGGCCACAGCACACACAGCGUCAGGCCGGCCCCAAUGCACGCUGCCCUUGACAGAGAAAAGGGGGACGCUGUGGAGAUAAUGCUGAAAUUACCACGCUGCCCCAGUUUGACAGCAGUCCAAGCGUUUGGGGGGGAUGUAAUUUGUUGUUUGAAUCUGUAGGUUUUUUUGUCCUCUGCAAUAGGGAGAUGACAGCAGGCCCAGACAACAGUGCUACUGAUUGCCUCUUACUUUCACCCUGUCUGCAUAUGAGCAAAGGGCCAAUGUCUGGGAACAAAAGUGCUGGACUCCACAAUGAUAUAUGGCUCAAACACAGCCCCAUGUCGUAGCACUGUUUGUGAGUGGCUGUUAGCGACACCAGUGGCCGUAGAGUGAACAUUGUAGAGGAGAAGUGGCUUAAAGCGGUCAUGUCGGCCCUGGGUGUUUGGCUCCAAACCCCUCCCUCCCCCCUCCCUCCCUCCCCCCCUCCCUCCCUCCCUCCCUCCCCCCUUCCCUCCCUCCCUCCCUCCCUCCCUCCCUCCUCUCCUCACCUCCAGCUAAGCCCUGGGUCUCAGUGCCCUCUGACCAGUCCCGGGGUAUCUCGCCCCAUCGCUCAAGCCGUCAGUCUUUCCCCCUGUGCUUUACUGACAUUAGUUUUGGCAGUGGCCACUGCACGGACACUGAACGGCUUCAGACUGCCCGAGUGCACCCAGAUUUUCUCCUGUGACAACAACAGCAAGUCCCACAAGCCUCUCUGUCCUCCACUAUCAUUUAGAAGACAGUAGCCAUGUCUGUCACUGUCAUGACCUAGUCAAAUUCCAUUAAUUUCAACAGUCCUGAAGCACUUGCCAUUAAAAAGAGCAUCCAGGAUGAUACCACAACAUGAGACCCUGCUUCACAGGGAGUAUAUUAGGAAUGGUGUAUUCAUAUUCAUACACACUCAGGCACACACGUGACGUGUACACGCAUGUACACACAAUGGGGCGAGACACAAUAACAAAUGUGUUGGACUGUUGUGUGCAGGAUUUGACAAUGUGUGCAAGUGAUUUAUUGUGGCUGUGUGUUGUUGGGUUCUGUUGCUGUAAACCUUAGCCAUUACUUCCUGCCUCCAUGGGCAGGGGGGAUGACUCAAACCCAGCGCCUCUGACUUGAUUCCCCAAAGAGCCCUGGCCACAGUCGUUAGAUGUUCCAUCUCCACAGUAGUGUAGCUCGUCUUUGGACCCCCCCCUCCCCAAGUAAAAAAAUAAAUGAAAACAUGUAUCAUUAACAACCACCUAUUAGUGCUGAGCGAUUAACUGAAAUCUCAUUUAUUUUGAUUUUUUUCUGUGAGCUCAAUGCGCACUUUGCCCAGUUUCUCUAUAUUGUGCGAUGUAGUAGGGAGUUGUAGUUUCCAACAGGCCAAUAUUUGACGUAGAUUAUCGCGGAAAACGUGGUAAUUAACUACCUACUUGUCUGGUCUGUGUGGGGCGCACUGAGAGGGAGAGAAGAUACAGAAGAUGUGCGAUCGAGAGGGAUAGAGAGCAGUAUCUUACAUUUGACGUAAUGGACAGUCACUACCAUCAUGGGACUUUUAUUAAUUGUUUUAUUCUGUGCUGUUACAGCAUUCAAACGACAUAAUGCGUAGUGCAUUUAAUGUUUAAAAAAAGAUAUAUAUACGAAAACCGUGAUUAUUUUUUAAUAGUCAAACCGAAACCAAACCGAACUCAAAAAGCACUCUCAGCACUAUCACCUAUAUACCCACCAUAGGAUGUAGGAUGGAGAUGGGCCAACGCUCCAUUGGCGCUAAUAGAAAAACAGUAGGUGAACAGCUUCAUUUUUCAGUUGGAGUAAUGACUGCUCUCCUCAAUCAAGUUUUUAAUUCCUUCUCCCACUCAAAUUAAUACACAGGUCCUGACAUCCCAAACACUAAGCCCCAGUUACAGUGCCUUCAGAAAGUAUUCAUACCCCUUGACUUAUUCCAUAUUUUGUUGUGUUACAGCGUGAAUUCAACAUUGAUUAAAUAAAUAUUUUUCUCACAGAUCUACACACAAUACCCCAUAAUGACAAAGUGAAAACAUGUUUUUAGAGAUAUUUGCUAAUUUAUUGAAAAUGAAAUAUAGAAAUAUCUAUUUAUAUAAGUAUUCACACAUGUUAGAAUCUCCUUUGGUCUUUCUGGGUAAGUCUCUAAGAGCUUUGCACACCUGGAUUGUACAAUAUUUGCACAUAAUUACUUUUAAAAUGAUUCAAGAUCUGUCAAGUUGGUUGUUGACCAUUGCUAGACAGCCAUUUUCAAGUCUUGCCAUUGAUUUUCAAGCUGAUUUAAGUCAAAACUGUAACUGGGCCACUCAGGAACAUUCAAUGUCAUCUUGGUAAGCAACUUUUAGGUUAUUGUCCUGCUGAAAAGUGAAUUUGUCUCCCAGUGUCUGUUGGAAGGAUUUUGCCUGUGCUUAGCUCUAUUCCGUUUCUUUUUAUCUUAAAAAACUCCCUAGUCCUUGCCGAUGACAAGCAUGCCCAUAACAUGAUGCAGCCACCACUAUGCUUGAAAAUAUAAGAGUGGUACUCAGUGAUGUAUUGUGUUGGAUUUGCCCCAAACUUAACGCUUUGUAUUCAGGACAUAAAGUUCAUUUCUUUGAAGUUUUACUUUAGUGCCUUGUUGCAAACAUGAUGCGUGUUUUGGAAUAUUUUUUAUUCUGUACAGGCUUCCUUCUUUUCACUCUGUCAAUUAGGUUAGUAUUAUGGAUUAACUACAAUGUUGUUGAUCCAUCCUCAGUUUUCUCCUAUUACAGCCAUUAAACUCAAACUGUUUUAAAGUCACCAUUGGCCUCGUGGUGAAAUCCCUGAGAGGUUACCUUCCUCUCAGGCAACUGAGCUAGGAAGGACGCCUGUAUCUUUGUAGUGACUGGGUGUAUUGAUACACCAUCCAAAGUGUAAUUAAUAACUUCACCAUGCUCAAAGGGAUAUUCAAUGUCUGCUUUUUUUAUUUUUACCCAUCUACCAAUAGGUGCCCUUCUUUGCGAGGCAUUGGAAAACCUCCCUGGUCUUUGUGGAUUAAUCUGUGUUUGAAAUUCACUGCUCGACUGAGGGACCUUACAGAUGCUUGUAUGUGUGUGGUACAGAGAUGAGGUAGUCAUUCAAAAAUCAUGUUAAACACUAUUAUUGCACACAGAGUGAGUCCAUUCAACUUAUGUGACUUGUUAAGCACAUUUCUACUCCUGAACUUAUUUAGGCUUGCCAUAACAAUGGGGUUGAAUACUUAUUGACUGACGACAUUUCAGCUUUUCAUUUUUAAAUAAUUUGUAAAAAUGUCUGAAUUUCACUUUGGAAUUAUGGGUAUUGUGUGUAGGCCAGUGACACAACAUCUCAAUUUAAUCCAUUUUAAAUUCAGGCUGUAACACACCAAAAUGUGUAAGAACUCAAGAGGUGUGAAUACUUUCUGAAGGCACUGUACGUCUUGGUUUGCUCCUGUGCAACAUGGUACGUGUAAAGAAAAAGGGGUCUCUUCAAUAAUGCAGCAGGCCAGUGCUGCUUCCCCAUUCUGAAUGUGGACUGAAUUUGGGGAGCGUUAUCACACAACUGUUCUGUUCUGUCUCAUGUGGACCGUGUUGUGCACCUCCUGUCACGCACUGUCCCCCAGAGGGAACGCAUGGCUCCCCUCCCCAGUCUCACAGGGAUCAUUCAUUCUCCGCUGCCUCAGCCACCAAAUAUUAAACAGCUCCCUCUGGCUGUAUUCUGGGAGUCUUGCACCUUGCGUUGCCUCUGUGCAUACUCUUCAAUUUAAAGAAAUGUGACUUUUUGAAUGGUUUCAUAUGAAUACUUGAAAAAUGAACAGAAUAUGCAGUUCUGAUAUGUUCCCAACAAUGGACAAUGUUUCAAACCCGAUGUUGGAUCUUUUAGUAAAUGCUAUUCUUCUCCUCCUGUUUAUAUUGGUGAUAUACAUGCUGUUGUGGGGGGUUGUCUAACUGUCUGAGUUUCCAACAGGGGGGUUACGCUGCAUACAGAUACGCCCAGCCCACCACAGCUGCUGCCUACAGUGACAGGUGAGUGCAUUCCACGUGCUGCAAUAAUACAUAAUAUAGAAUAACUAAUAUUACUUGAAAAAAGAAAAGACCAUUGAUAUUGUGAUGGAUUAAAUUAGAAGUUGUGACAAGGUCUGACAAAUGACUUCAACCUUUCCCCACUCUCCAAAGUAUCUCCCACAUAGAAGGGUGAAGAUAAACUCUCUCUGGAGUUGUGACCCUCCCUUAGAUUGAACUGUCCAUUAGGAGAUCCACUAUGGCCUCAGGCUAAAGCACACAAAAAAGUAACCUUGUUCGACAAGAUGAAAAAAGAACAGAAGAUCUAUCCCAUGCCUCUCUGCCUUUGACGGGUGAGCGGGUAUAUCAACUGUAUUUAUGAAUGGCCUGGGGUCUGCAGGAGGAAGGGAGAGAGGGAUGGAUGGGGCAGGGACUCUAUCACUUCUGACUGAUGUCAUUCGGGUUCAGGUGUGCUCCGUUUGAGGAGGCGUGGCUGAUUCAUUCGGGCCUUCAAAGCCGCUGUCAGACUGGAUGUGGGCUGGUUUGGGAAUCUAAUCUGGGAGGGAUUGAGCAUGUCACUUGUGAUAACGUACACCCUGCCUGAGAGCCUGAAGAUCAUAUCGAUAAUGUAAGAUUUAUCUGGCCUCGCCGCGCUGCGAAUUAUGAGCAGCCGUGCUCGGAGGAAGCAGAAAUUGGACAGCGGCUUUUUCCUCUGGGAGUGAUUUAAUUCCUGUUUCUCUUGCCUAUAUUUUCCCCCUGAGAUUUAAUGUAAUUCGCCCGAGUUGUUUGUUUUGGUUUGUUUUGCUUCCCUUGUCUGUUUGUUUAUUUUUGAAUAAGCGGUCAUGCCCAUUGGAUCAAUAGGGGUUUGUCUCAGCAAUACCUUAUCAGACUUACCAGCGGAGCAAUCAGCCAAUCAUGAAAGGAGGUCACAGGGAUCAUAAGAGGCUUGUCAAAUCCCCGUAAAAUAUGAAACAUUCAUUUUCCAAAAAGCUUGUGCCCACAGGCCUGCUUUGUAUUACAGAGGCCCUGCCAGGGGCCAAUCAGCGUAGUGAAGCCGCGUGACGUAAGUUCUGAGGGGCCGUUUGACCCCAAGGUGGUUAGCAAUGCCACUCUGGUGAGAGCCCAUUUUGUAGAUAGAUUAGCCUUAGUGGGCCUCUGGGGUUUGGUGCUCACAGUAGAUAAGAGUAUCACAGAGACCACCUCUGACCAUGUCAUGGUAGAGCCCAUCCUCUCCCAUCUUCUCCCCAGGGAGCCUUCUCAUCCAGCUCCUUACCCCUCCACGUCCUGCUCACUGACCUUGGGUGUUGGACUCAAACGGGACACCAUAUUUAGAUCUUAUAUAACUUAUAUAAUGUCCUCCUCGCCCCGCUCAAGCCAUGUAGGCUGUAUGUCUUGUCUCCUUGAGGAAAAUGACAUUUCUCCCUCUCGCCUCUUGGUUUUUAUUCCUGGUUGAUUUGAUGCCCUCAGUCCUUGGCUGGGAGUGCCUUAUCUGCUCCAUACAGACCCUCAUUUGCAAGCGAGCAUUGAAGAAAAAAAAAGUCAAUAGAGGAAUAUGUGAAGUCGAGUAAAUAAAUAAAUAAGGCGCACAUCUUGUCCUGUUUCAGAAGGAAAUUGGAAGGAUUAGUUCCAAACCAGCAACAAUGAAAAGACAGGGGUGUGAGCCCACUGUUCAGCUUGGGUAAACAACAGCAGGGUGAGAGAGCGCACACAGACUGGGUCCAAGCCCUCCAGCACCUAUAUCUCUCUCUGUUUUCUCUUUCAUUCUCUCCGUUUCUCUUUCUCUCACCCCUCAGUACCCAUCCCUACCAACUAAUAGAGGUGACAAUGAAAAGGACAAUGUGUAUUCACAGAGAAUGAUCCAAUCACCUUUGAACUCCUUUUCUACUCAGCCUUGUAUCAUUUUCUAAACCAGGGGGUAGAGAGAGGGAAAUAAUUGUUUUAGAGACUUGAAAAUGUUGACUUUAGGGCCAAGUAUCAAACAAGCAUUGAAAAUAUACUAUAUGUCAAUGACCAUAAUCUCCUGUCCUUUUCCAUUGCAGCUAUGGCAGAGUCUAUGCAACAGCAGACCCCUACCAUCACACAAUCGGCCCUGCCGCUACAUACAGUGUGGGGACCAUGGUAAGUCCACUCUCGCUUUCCUCUGCACCCUGUUGUUGGCUAGCCAUACUAACACAGAGCAGAGGCCACCAGCCGCAGUACUCUGUCGCUCCAGGAGCACUCGGAGAUAAAGACCAUUGAACUAAGCCAAGUCAGUGGGCUUUAUUCCCUCUUUGUCAUGCUGUUUGGCACGACC